UGUCUCUUUGGGAGCGGGUGAAGUGAAAGUUCACAGUGGAGCAUGCAUUUUAUAUCUGGAAACAACUGAAGCGCACGUAAGUAUUGCUUGCUGGUUUGCUUUCACCAUUAAAGGUGCAACUACAGAUUGUACUGGAAUGCUUUUAUUGACCACCCCUUCCUCCACCCCACAGUCUUCUUGAUAUCUGGGUGCUCACGGUGUACUUAGUAAGUGCUGCAAGUACUUGAAAACACCCUGACCUUCUCCCAUAUCGACCUGCCCAUCUGUGGGGGAGGAGAGACCUGGUGGUGAUUCAGCUUGCUAAGACUUUCUUUGUGACAACCCAAAUCCCUUCUGUCUUGAGAUACGGCUUUCACCUCCUCUUAUGAUUUUUAGGCAGUAGCUGAGGACAUGCCUUUUCGUCCAGGCAUUUAGUUGCUUUUCCUUUAGUGUCUGUUGUUAUUUAUGUGUCAUUUCCUGGCUAUGAAGAAUAUUUUAAUACAUGUGUUGCUUCAGUGAUUAUGGCGUCUGCCAUGAUGUUGCUUUGCAGUGAAGGGCAGACAAACACCUAUUUGAAGUAAAUCAAUAAUGGCACAAUCCUGUACAUGCCUACACAGCAGAAAACCUCUUUGACUUCAAUGGGACUUACUCCCAGGUGUGUAAAGGAUUGCAGUUGAAGACUAUCAAGCAGUGGUUGCUCUAUGCAACAAUUUUUUUGUUAGAAAAUUUACUGUGAACAACUCUUGGCAGUUAUCAUUUUCUGCUUCUGCUAAUUCCUUCAGUGGGAUAUGUAAUGUGGACAAGCACUUGCAACAACUAUAUUUAAAUUUACAUUUAUUAUACACAUUUUUAAAGCCUUGAAGUUGCAGUCAUCGCUAGAGUACUGUAAAAUGUAACUAUGUGAUCUGCCCUAACAACAUAUGCUGAAAGUUGAAUAUGUUACUGGGAAUAGUGUAGGAGCAGCUAUAUGAUAGCACAAUGGUGGGUGAUGCAUAUUUUUGAACCCCAUGUUUCCUCACAGAGCUAUCGGUCUCAGAGGGUUUUUAACAGUCAGUCCCUCUUUCCAGGGAACUUUAGGAAUGGAAGUUCCGUGAAUGGAAUAGGGGUUUCCUAAGAAUGUGCAGAACACACUUAACAAACUACAUUUCCCAGGAUUUUUUGGAAGAAGCAAUGACUGUUUAAAGUGGUUUGAUAGUGUUUUCAAUGUAUAGUGCAGAUGGGGCCUCACUGAACUAAGUGGUUAACUUCUAUUGCUUUAUUAAUUGACUGUUUAUAGUUACCUUGUUUGAACUGGAAUUGCUAAAAAAAAAAAAAGUUUUAAUUUAAAAAUCUAACCAGUCCUAAAGAGUUUCUUCAUUUGGAAACAAAAUAUUAAUCCCUAAGAUGAUUUGGUUCCCACUGACAGAUUCACUCUUGCUUCUUGUUUUCAGGUGUGUGGUCUAAGUGUGAGUGUCCAAGUUAGCUGAAUUAAAGAGCAACAUCCCCAAUAGGGGACAUUUUAAUAGCUCAGGCCAGGCUACAUAGUGUUUGUAAGUGAGGAGUUACUUGCUAUUGUGCGACAUAGUUACAUGUCUUCGAUAAGGCCAGUUUGUCUUAACUGUGGCUGUUGGUUCCCGUGGCUAGAUAGCAUAUGAUAUGAACUAGAUAAUAUUGUUGAAUGGGCUGAUUAGAUGGGAUAGUACCUUAUCAGCACAGGUGGCACCAAGCAUUUAAUUUCAUUUCUGUCCGCCUCUUUCUCCAGGAAGCUCAAGAUAGCAUACAUAGUUCUCCUGCUCCCCAUUUUAUCCUUACAACAGCCCUAUGAGGCAUCUUAGGCUGCGAGGCAGUGAGUGAUUGGCCCAAGGUCACCCAGUGAGCUUCAUGGCCAAGUGGGGAUAUGAACCCCGGUCUCCCAGGUCCACUGCACCACGCUGGCUCUCAGAGGGAUCUUUACAAGGUAAAAAGAAUGACAGCCCUCAGUUUUUACAUGGAGGCAGCCAUGUUUUCCCUAAUACAGCUUCUUCUGAGAGCAACAGAAUAUCAUACCACCUUGUAAUGGUAUCCACAGGACGAAAGUGGACUCAUGAUCCAGUCUGAAUCAUGAUUUUCCUAGAUUGAAUAAGGCUUUGGAAUAAGGUUCUGCAAAUUCUUCCUCCAUCCCUGGUUGCAAUAUUCAAAAUAUACAUGUAUAUAUUUAUGUACAUGUUUAAUUGUCUUAUUUUUGAACUGAGUUUCACUGUUUUUACUAGCAUAAUAGUAGGGCUAUAUUGCAUAUCCCUUUUGAACUCUUAAUUCAGGACUGGAAUUUAACCUGCCCUAUGGAACAUCCUCCCACCAGAAGUCAAAGAGAACAACAACUCACAGACUUUUAGAAGACAUCUGAAGGCAGCCCUGUUUAGGGAAGCUUUUAAUAUUUGACGAACUACUGUAUUUUAAUAUUUUGUUGGAAGCCGCCCAGAGUGGCUGGGGGUAUAAAUAAAUUAUUAUUAUUAUUAUUAUUAUUAUUAUGGCGGCACUCAGUCUUGGCAUGAUGGAUGAAUUGCUAUACAAAUAUUUAUUAACUGAUGUUAUAUUCCCAAUACAUUUCAGAAUAAUAGUUCAUGAACUCUUAAAUAUAUGUUUUUAAACAUUAAUUUAACUAAAUUGAUUGUAAACUUGGAUCCAAUGACCUUUUGUGCUGAAAUAAAAUAAAAGAGAACACUUAAGCAAACAAGAUUGUAUUGGCAUUUACUUCAGAGUAGAAAUUCUCUUAUUGAGAUUUGAAUAAAAACCUUACCAAUCCUUCCAAUAAGCUUCAUGAUUGAAAUACCAAAGCCAUCAAAAUGAUUUACUUUUGUGUUUGUCUAAAGUUCUGGUGGUGAUCAAAGUGUAUCAUUGUCUUCACUGACUGAUUCUUGUUAUUUUAGCUGAAUGAUUUAAGUGAACUUGUGUCCCCACCCCACCCCCAAACAAUUAUUUGCCAAAAGGCCAUAGGGCAGUUUGCAACAUAGAACAUGAUAAACAAUAUAUGAACAUGAUAAACAACGUAUGCCAAUACUUAAUAUAACAGCUGUACAAUACAAAAAAAUUAAAACAGUAAUGUAAAUACAAGUCAAAAUAAUAAGCAAUACAUAGUAAAAAAUAAUAGUAGAUAAUAUAUAAUACAUAAUGAAAACAUAUUAAGUAAGCAGUAAUGUAAAAUUAUUUGCACCAGCACCCCAACAAUAAACUCCACAAACCCAGUAAAACAGCAUGAAUUAUUCCAUGUUUUUUUCAGGUUCAGGCUAAUACACCUUUCUUAACAACAAACUCCUACAACUUAAUAGAGGGGGAAAUCAACAGCAGUAUAUGUGAAGUUUAGAAACAUUGCAACAGAUGCAUAUACAGUAUUUCUCUUUGUACAAAACUAACUCUUAAUCCCCUGCAGAAAAGGCAGGUUUUUCCAGCUCUCACAUGGGAACUUUCCUCUUCUCUCCUAGUCUCUCUACAUGAGAGACCUCUGCUUCCCUUCCCCUCAGGGUCCUUCCAGAUUUGUCUGCCACUUUUAGGGUUUGUGCUAUACUUGUCCCAUAGGCAGCCCAGAAGAGAAGGGGCAAUAAUUUUGUUAUUGCUGUGCUCCUGCUAUUUGUCUCAUGCAUUUUAGCUUGUGAACCUGUGGACAGGAUUGGGAAUUUUUAUUUCUGUACUGCGCCUAUAUUUCUAGUGCAGUUAAUAUUAAUAUAAUGUCACCAUAAGGUUUUUUUGGGGGGGGGUUAGUGGAAGAGUGUACCGUGUAGCUUGCUUGUAUUGCAUGAUGUUGGGUUUUUCUUUUUUAAAAGCACUGCUUGUUUCUUGUUUUCACUUAUGACGUAGGUGGUGGCUUUUGAUAAGGAAGUGGCUUUUUAAUCAUCAACUAGGAGUUCACUGAACCGUGUUCUUUGCAUUCUCUGAGAAAGAUUGUUAGCUGAUGUGGAUUGAUGAGGUCCAUUUAAAACAACUGAGCUGUUAGCUUGCACCAUCCCAGAAAAUGCCGCUUUUAUCAGUUUGUGAUAUAUGGAUGCAUUGCCAAAGCAAGUAUUAGAAAUAAAUAAUGCUUUUAAAAGUAGAAGGAUGAAAGAAUGAUUUUACCUCUAUUGAACCACUAUUUCACAAACACCCUGUGAUGAUUCAGUCUUGAGAAUAAGCAGUCCAGGGAUGGUUGCUCAAACCCUUCCACUCAGCCUGCAGCUCUGCUGAGUGACCACACAGACCCAGUUCCAAGGCCCCUCUCUCCCCCACUCUUUCAUCUGGCAGGUGCUGUGUGCUGUGGCUGUACUCAUGAAGCCAGGAGUGGACACACAGCUCCUUUGGUCUCCUCUCUUCCUCACCUUCUACCUGCAUUUCAACCUGGAUAUGCAAGUGUGAUUCUUUUUAGUCUUUGACUAACAAGUGUGUAACCCUUGAGAAUGAGAGAGAGAGACAGAGAGACAGAGGCAGAGAGAUAAACGAUGCUAAGUAAUGACCACUGUAAUAUCUAAGUCAUGAAUUCACAUGGUGCAUUGCAGAUACUUUUUUGUGAAUGGGAACUUUGCAAGUUGUGGUUUCAGAGUUCACAGGAGGGUGUGUGUGAACAUCUAUGUUUGUUUGUUUGUGUGACAUUACACUGCUUGCAUGAACCAGGGUAUUAGUUUCAUGGAUACUUUAGUGGAGAUUCCUACAUUGCAGGGAAUUGGACUAGAUCACCCUUGGUGUGCCUUCCAACUCUAUGAUUCUGGUUUUUUUGUCGUCAUUGGUUGACCACUUAUCACUAGUAUUGACUCUUUGAGAUCAGCAGACAGACCACAUAGAGCUGUAGUGUUAUUUUCAACCUGGUCAUUUUAAAGGGGCAUAUGGGUUUGUUUUCAGUUUUCUUGAAACUGAAGUAAAAAUAUGGAUAACAUUACUUUUUGAGUUGCUCAUGAACAUUAACUAUACUGGGUUAAGGAAGAGGGCAGAUCCUCAGAACUUCUGAAAUGCAACACUGAUGGCGCAUAUAUUCAUAAUGGUGUUUUUCUUUUCCUUCUGGUACUUUGAAUGAGCAAACACACCAACUCCGUUGGUUAAAUGACCAAUCAGCUCCUGAUAAUACCUAACUGGUAGCUAUUACUAAUGCCUGUUAGUGUGUUAUAUAAUAUUUUGAAUUUUUCAGCACAUGGACAUCAGAGGUCGGUGCUGACAUGGCCCCUGUCAUCACACAAAAUGUUUUUACAAUUAUAUGGGUAUCCCCACAGUCAUUCAAGGUUAGAAUAUUUUAAUAAGUUUAGAGCAAGGGUGAGGAAUCUGUGGCCCUCCAUACAUUGCCGGACUACAACUCCCAUCAUCCCUGACAAUUGGUCAUGCUGACUAGGGCUGAUGGGAAUUGCAAUCCAACAUCACGCCUUCCGGGUCACAGUUUCCACAGCCCUGAUUUGGAUUAUUUGUUUAUUUCUAAAAUGUAUACACUACUUGAUUGUAGAAGAACCUCAACGCAGAUUAUGUAAUACUCUUCUUGAAAAAUUGUUCAUGAAAGCUGUUAUCUUUCUGUCAUCAGCCAUCCUUUGCAUGAUGACAGUAGGGAUGGAUGGAUUUAAACUGAUGACUUUGAAGUAGAUGUGUCAAUCAUUAGAUCAGUUCAUGUGACAAGAGUCUUCUGCUUACUCAUUAGCAAAAGGAGGAAGUAAAUACAAAUUCAUUUCUUUAUUCCAGGUUGCCCUCAUUCUUCUUUUCAAGUCAAAUGUCACAUUGACUCAAGGACAGUGCUGGAAACAUGUAGUGAGUUGCAGCGUGUGGAUCCCAUUCAGUGCACUCUUCAACCUGGAAGAAAGCCCAAAACCAAAUGCCAUUUGGCCAAAAAGCAUCCUCUGCCAAAACCCCAAGGUUUGUAAUUUAUUGGUGUUAUUUUAAAAAAUGUGUUGAACGAUGUAUGGCCACCCUAUCAGGCCUUCUGAGAGGCUAUAUGAGCUAGAGGGCUUCCAUGUAUGGAUUGCUAUAACUAGGUGGGAUAUUGCUUUUGUUUGUUACUGUGUUGGUAUUUUUGUGGUGUUAUAUUGUGAACCUCCCUGUGAUCCUUGGAUGAAGGGCAGUAAAAUUUUUAAUAAUAAUUAUAGUAAUAAUAGUGAGGGCUGAACUUCACAAGGCAAUUCAGAAAAUAGCAUAAGUGGUGUAAGUUUUGAUCUGAAGCACAUUGCAGUGGCACAGAGGUUCAUUACUUCAACUGGGUUGCUAUCAAUGGAACAGAAAGGUACUGUUUGGGUUUCACUUGAUUUUUAUUGCCAUCUCUGCAGUGCACCAUUGGCCCAUUGUUCACCUCGAAGGCAUGUUCUGUAUGAUAGACUAAUUUGCUGCCAUUCUCUUCCAUUAAAAAAAUGCAGGGAUAGGGACAUUUGCACAUGGCAGGUGGGCCAGGACAAUCAUGAAGAAUGGCUGCUUCUGAACGAAAAAAGUAUAGCAUACUAAAUUUAAUUGAAAUAACGUGUUAGCAGUUGAAAUCCAGUCUAAGGGUAAUAAAUAUAUAUUAAAAAAACAUGUUCAUUCCAAAGAGAUUUCUCUGGGAUCUGUUGUAUGAAAAAUGUAUGACUGCGUACACAGUAUACCUUUAUAGCAUAUUCAAAACACAUCUUUCCCCUUCAAAGAAUUCUGAGCACUGUAGUUUGUUAAGGGUUUGCUAAGAAUUGCAAGGCAGUGAGGGAUAAACUGCAGUGCCCAGAAUUGUUUGAGGGAAGGAAUGUGCUUUGAAGGUAUAGCGUGUAUGCAGUCUAAAUCUCACAAUCUGUAAGAUGUAUUAAAUUGUUUUCUAUGCCUGUAUAUAUAGAAAAAGAUGGGUUGGAGCAUUAAUAAUCAAAUUAUAUCCUUUAACAGGAUACAGUCUGGAACCCCUUCCAUCCACUCACAACCACACAUUUCUUUCACCGUCUCCAGGUCUGGCAUGUUCUUUCUUAGAAUAGAGGUUGAAUUAAUGAUGUGUCUCUGCUGAAAAAAAAUUGGAACUUUACCUCUUGCCUAUCAUGUGACCACCUUCUGCCCAGGGGUUGCCAUUUUUGGCCCUUACCUGGGAUCAUGCUUAUUUGGGACUAAUAACCAUCUCCCUCUGAACCUGGAAACCAGACCCCUUGAUGGAUUCUAACCCCAAAAUGAUGUCUUGUAAGCUGAUGUUCUUUAAUGAACUCCUCUAAGGCAGAAAUCAGUGUUCCAACAUAAAUUUUAAUGGGUCAUCUGACAAACUGCAAUGCAAAAUGUUUCUCCUGGACACUGAUAUUUAUAUCCUUACUUUGUUGUCCAUUGCAGGUGAUAUAUUCAUACCUUAGCACUUACAAUGCCAGUAAGUGUUAAAACAUAAGUUUUCCAAACAUUUUCUUCUUCAUUUUAGCCACUUUUGUCCCAUUCCACACCCCACACUCUUCACCUGCUUCAAGUUAAGAGGAAGUUGACAACAUUUUAUGUUUUACUUGGUGUUUUCUACUCGGUUAAACAUUUUAUUUAAAUUCCUGUCUGUUUUGCAUAUGUUUCUUUGUAAAGUGUCAUAUAUGUUGAUGAUAUUAUACAAAAAUAUACAGUGCAUUUUUUUUAAUGUUGAACCCAACACGCUUUAGAGAGAGGUUCAACAUUUUAAACUUUACCCCUUUCCUCAUUAAGCAGUCUGAACCUGAGUGUGUUUUGCCAGCAACUGUUGAAGGAUGUGAACAACUGGAAUUAAUUGCCCCUUUUUUACAGUAUCUAGUUUAAAGGCUGGUUAAGUUAAGUUGCUUCUGGGUGUAUGGAACAGUGAGAUGACAUGAACCCUGUUGCUAUGGGUUACCGCUUGCAUGCUUGAAAAACUACUAUUUACUUGUGAACAAUAUGAGGACCUCGCAUGGCUUGCUGCAUUUUCCAAAAGACUGCUGCAGUAGGACUAAUGCUCUUUCCCACCCCCACCAAAAGAGUAGAAAGCAGUACUUGGUAAGUGCUUUCUUACAGUAGCAUGUUUAGUGCAGCAGCAAAAGAGGAAGGAAAUUUCUGCAGCUUAUACCUUAAAGAGGUGGGGGAAGGAAAAAGAAAGGAAUACGGACAAUUCUUGAUUUGCUUUCUGAAUUUCCAGAAGAAUAAGCAUGACAGAAGAUCUUUAAAAAUCUCUAUUAACUCUUAUCAGUUUUGUUCAGUGCUUUAAUCCAAAAGAACUCAAAGUUCUGGAUCACGACUACCGAAAAUGCUCAUUUCAAGACUGGUGGUUGUGGUAGAGCUUUUGCAAAAUGCAGUGUCUAUGUGUGCUAUGCAUCCUGUUUAGCAACAAGGAAGUGGUUACGUUCUGUCAGUCUUUGAAAGAUCUACCAAAAUGCAAAAGAGAAGCCCAGUGAGUCUUGGCUUAAAACAAAUUGUUCUUAUAUAUAAAAACAGCCUGGUGCUACAUUGGUGUUACUAUAAUAAAGCAGUGGACUUUUCAGCUUUGUAGAGGUGGAGCAAUUGGCUUGGUUGCUGAAAGACGGACCAUUCCUCUCUCUCACUCUGUUUGUUUUCAGUACCUCCAAAACCUGUUCAUCUCCAGCCUGCCGGGCACGAGAAGAUUCCUCCAGCACCAUCUAGGCCUUUGCCAGCAGAUCCCAAGUCAACAAGAAGCCCAGUGCCUGAAGAAGACACAACACAGACCUCACCAGACAUUAACAGACUCAUUGAAAAAUUCGAAAGUAUUAGGUAAGUACUUUUGGUUACUUUUGCUAUCCUCCUCUCUUCUUUAAACAACUGGAGGGGAAAAUACGUUGUAACAAUGCAGAAUGAAAGUAUAACAACUCACAAAUGUGAAAUACAUAAAAUGGUGUGUCUAUUUUAAUACCAACAGCAAUUAAGCCAAGUCCAUCUAAAACCUAGUGGAGAGUUUUGAAAUGUGUCUGAUAAUUGAUGAUGGUUUACAAGUAAAUCACUCAGUGAUGACACAUUUUUGACAACAGAGGGUUACAGCAAAAAUGAUGUUGGGCUGCCAGCCCAGAUUCCAAAAGGAUAAAUACAGAACCAUAGACUAAGAGACACGAUUCAGUCCUGGCAUAGGUGUGCUUGGACAACAAGUGAUUUAUUUAGGUUGGACGGAUUUUCUCUAGACAUGAUUGAUUUUAAAACUGGUUAACUUGUCAGAGAACCGAGAACUGUUUUUUGGUGUUAAAAAUGUUGAGUAAGUAUGCUAUAAAUUACUUUUAUAAUUUCAUUCUCUUGGGAUGUUGCAGUCUGUUAUGAAGAUAAAUAUAUCUGGCUAGUCUUUUAGCAAACCGUAAAUGAUUUAUUCAUUAUUUAGGAGUGACUUUGCUGAAGGCCAUGGCUUCCUCAAUAUGGUUCCCGUAAAUUUUUAAUAGGACGAAUUUGUGGGUUUUAUUUCCUUUAAAAACUGAAUUUUAUUAUGGUUUAAUAUAAUAUGAAUAUUUAUGGCAGCCACCUGUUAUAUUUCAAAGAUAUUUUAAAGAAAUUUCUGUGCCCGGUUGUAGUUUUAAAUAAAUGAAAAGAAGAAGCUGACAGAGACAGCCAAAAGCAUUUGAGGGCAGGAAGCAGAAAGUUCAGCUGACAUACUUGGUAGUGGUAAGCAAUGCUUGACAGUUGGCUGGCUUUUUAACAACAGACCCAGGAUUUGCCACUUGAGGCAGGCCACCUCACUCAAUCUGAAGUUAGACAUAGCCUCUGGUCUGAAAGAGGUUAAACCAAGAGCACUAGCUUCAAAGUGGAUUUGUAUGUGAUGCCAGCGACCCAGGGCCUUUGUCUUUAUCUUCAUUUGCAGGAGGCCCAUCCAUGCUGUUCAAAGAAACCAGUUCAACUUAGCUUUUAAAAUGGAACCUGAGACAGACUCUUCCAAACAGUGUUGCCCAAGCAUCUGUGAUGCAGUAGGUUCCACUGCAUCUUCUACCAAUGAAAAUAAAGAGCUUGAUGACAACGAACCUGGCAUGUUGUGUAGCACUGAACUGUCUAACACAGACAUAAUGAAAAUUAAAGAACUAAACAUAGAUGACGGCACAAGCGCUGAAGAUUGUGCUGAUGUGCAGGUCAGCAAAGCCCCCAUGGAAGAGCUUGCACCUAAGGACUCAUCUGUGGAGCUGAACAGUAAUGGUAAAAUUCCCAAUAGGGACAGUGGGAUUGACAGCCCUUCUUGUAGUGUGGCAGGAGAGACUUUCCUGAAUGAAGACGGUGCGGAGCAGAAAAAGGUCAAUGUGACCGGGAACUCGGCGGAGGUGGAGACGGACAAAAAGGGUGCCAGGUUUUCCGCUGGAGAGCAGAAAAGAGACUCUGCUCAGGAUGAAGACAGUGACAUAGAUGAGGGAAGCAGUGAGGAGCAAGAGACAGCGGAGGUGCCAAAACUGGAAUGUGUGGACAUUAAUAAGGUAAAUAUUAUAUUUUGUAUUGGUUUGAUAACAGGAUGCAGUGGGGAAGAAUGAUCUUCAGAAUUUGCUGAGCAUGCGAAACUGCAUGAUUUUGAGUCAGAUAGUCCGUGACACUUGCCCCCCAGUAACUGAGUACUGCUUGGCAGUGGCUCUCUAAGGCCUUCAGUCAGACGCCUGUCACUUCUAUGCAAAGCGUUGUUUUGUUGCUGAAGAGUGAGCUCCCUUGUCUUUCUUAUUUUUUUCUUUUCUUCAGUCCUAGUCUAUGGUAGAUAUGUAGUCAGUCUGAGUUUCAGACCCAGCCUUCUUUCUUUCUGAGGUCUCCAACUUCCCCUUGGGUUGUUAUUGUUUUCUGGGAGGUGUUGAUGUUGGCCUUUUACUUUUUUAUAUAAUAAUUUUUUUUCAAUUAUUAGUUUUCAAUAAUUAGUUUUCAAUUACAGUCCAAUAAUAGCCUCAUGAUAACAAUACCAACUUAAAAUACACUUAUUAAUGCCAUCGUUCAAAUACCAAAAUAUAUACAGUGGUACCUCAGGUUACAUACGCUUCAGGUUACAGACUCUGCUAACCCAGAAAUAGUGCUUCAGGUUAAGAACUUUGCUUCAGGAUGAGAACAGAAAUCGUGCUCCGGCGGCGCAGCAGCAGCAGGAGGCCCCAUUAGCUAAAGUGGUGCUUCAGGUUAAGUACAGUUUCAGGUUAAGAACGGACCUCUGGAAACAAUUAAGUACUUAACCCGAGGUACCACUGUAAUUUAGAUAAAGUGCCCCCGCCCCGUGUGCUAGAUUUGAUGGUUUGAUUUUUUUUUAUUAUUUCUGCGUUCCAAAAUCUUACUAAUUUCAGUUUCCUUCAGGUCAAAAAAAUAAUCCCUUAUACAACAACUGCAAUAUUAAUAACUUCUAUUUGUGUUGAUCCAUUAAAUGAUUUAUAAAACUACAAGUGAAGAACUCAAGCUAUAUCCUUGUUCUUCCUUUGUGUGGCAGUUAUUCUGUCCAUGGUGUUUCUUCCUGUCCCUGUAAGAUGUUAUGUCUUUCCCCCGGUUGUUGCUGUUAUUCAUCAUUCCUUGGGCGGAACUGAUAUCCCAUUGAUGUUCCAGAAAUUUCUCCAUCGCUCCGUCCCGUACUUUGUUGUUUUGCAACUUUGACAGCUGCAAAAGUCACUCUGUCCCAGUAAAUACGGUAACCUGUUGUCACCUUUUUUCCUCUCAGCCUGGGAAGAAGAGCAGUCUAUAGAACUGCAGAUGACUCAGUAAAGUAUAUUAUCAGUUCCUUUGGCAGUUCAGACUCCUUUCAUCCUUCCUUCUAACUGAAGAUAUAUGAGCAAUUAUACUUCCAAUUAAAUUAAAUUCCAAGUCUUCUUAGCGUUAUUCAGUUCACUUCAUAAAUAAUAAAGGAUGAGGAAGAGUCAACUCAUAAGUUUCCAUCAUAAACCUUUUGAAAAAUAGAGCUUUCCUCCCUUUUUCCUUUUUUUUACACACAUCUCUGUUUGAUGUUAUAUUCCAUAUUUAUAAUCCAAUAGAAGGUACAGAAAGAAUGGAAUUUUUUAAAAAGAAUAUCUGGAAAACUAUUGUAAUAAUAAACAUCUCCUGGCAGAACUAGAAUGAUUCUUGUAAAAUAAGAAACAUAAUGUUUUUGGUAUCUGAUAAAAAUAGAGAAAGUAAUACAGUAAUUUGGAACUGUGUGUGAAAGAACAAUAGAAAUAAUAAUACAAUGAGUCUAAUCGGAAGUCAAAUGUGUUUAUUUUUUCUUUAAAUUCUUUUUUAAUUAAUUUUCUUUCUUUCUUUUUCUUUUCUUUCCCCUUCUUCCUCCUUGUUUUAUUUUCUUCUCACUUGGUCUUUUCCUUCUGAUUUGCAAAGAAAGAGGUGAAGUUAAAUAUGAAAAGUUGACUAACUCAAAGUGAUGUUUUGUAGUUUGUUAACUAUUGUUAAAGAUGGUCAACUGUAAUGAAUUGAUGUAUUAGUUACUGCUGAUUUAUUGUUAUUGUUGGAAAUAUAUUCCAAUUCCUUCCAUUCUUGCUUGUACAAAUAUAAUUUGAACUAAUUCAGAGGAGGGUUGCCAAAUCAUAAAUUUAAAGAAGAAAACUUUAAAGAAAGAAACCAUAGGCUCCCCUCCUCCCCACUGUCUUUUGCACCAUGUCUUUUGAACUUAUCUCAAGUUUAAAGCUUAAAAUCUUGUAGCUGAUUUCUUCCACAGUUUGUGAUCUCAUCUCUUCUAGCAUGCACCUGUACUUUAGUCUAAUUAAUAGGAGAAUUAAGCUCCAAUUAAUAGGAGAACCUCUGCUUCUUAAUGGCGGCAUUGGAGGGUUUUCAGCAGGUGAAGCGCUUUUGCACUCAGCACCUCCCUGCCCCCCGCAUUCCAUAUCGGAGCGAGACCCGGGUCCGGAGACAAACUCUGUGUGAAGCCUGUUCCCCAUCCCUAUCCCUGGGAGGAAUUUGCAGGGAUAAUUACCCUCAGUCAUCUUUGUUUCUCCUUCACCAACCAUCUCUCGCUAUCGUGGGGGCUGCCUCCAAUAAGGCAGAGCAGAACUGGAAGCCUGUUGUUGGCCUUUUAAAUCUGCCUGUUAGACUGAAAUGUGACUGCUGUUGUCAUUUUGAAAUCUGCAGCAUAUAGGCCAGCAGCUUCAUGGUUGAUAUUCAAAACUUCCAGACAUGCAAAGGGCAGAGGAAAGGGCAGACAAAGCAAGCUGAUACCACAAUUUCUUUUCACUCUCCAUUAAGCACCGGUUUAUUACUGCUCUUUUUUGGAGAAUGGGUAUAUGUCUCUAUUCAGAGGUUCACUUUCCCUUUUAACUCCUGUCUGUGUCACUGAUGUGAUUAAGAAGUAAAGAUUUUCACAUAGACAAAUUUUUACAUUUUUAUUUUUAAAUUUUUACUUCGGAAAUAUUAUUAUAGAAGAUACUCCUUAUAUACUGAUUCCUGGAGCUGCUAGCAGUGCCAGAAACCACAACUGGGGGAAGUGCUGUUACACUCAUGUCCUGUUUCCCAUAUGCAUCUGAUUGGGCACUGUGAGAGCAGGAUGCUGGACUGCAUAGCCCUUAUCCUAAUUCUGCAGGGCUUUUCUUCUGAUGACCUGUUCCCAGAGUUGAGAAACCAUGCUGUAAGAGCUGUUCAACAGUGGAACGGUCUCCCUCGGGAGGUAGUGGACUCUCCUUUCUUGGAGGUUUUUAAGUAGAGGUUGGAUGCCCAUCUGUCAUGUAUGCUUUAGUUGUGAUUCCUGCAAUGCACAGGAGUUGGACUGGAUGUCCAUUGGGAUCUCUUCCAAAGCUACAAUUCUAUGCAAUACUCUUCUCACCAUAUUGAUAAGUCAACGAUUGCUCAGCUGCCCCAAAACCUAGAAUAAUGUUUUCAGUCAACAAUAAUAAAUUUAUGUGGCUUCUUUUUGCCCUGAAGUUUAUCAUGUACAUCUGCAACAGGGUCCAUAGGGAUGACUGUAUUAAUAGUCUUUAGUUGCAACAAUAAAGAUACUACAACGCUCUUGAUUAUUUUCAAGAAGAUGUCAUUCAAAAUCCAGAUUGACUCCAAACUAGCAUUAAGCCAGUGGCCACCAUGGGGAUGUCUUGAUUUAUUUAAUUCAUUUAUAUACAGAUUUCUAUCAAUAGAUCUUGAAGGAUUUGGGUCUACACAGGAGAUCUAGGAGGAGAUGUCAUGAGUUAGAAAAUGAGAGGAUGAAAUGAAUCAUUAAGUAUGGGUACUUGCACAGCUUCUAGUGAUGGGGUGAUUUAAAAGAUGUAUAUACCAUAUUUAGGCAGAACUUCUAAAGCAGUUUACAGUUUUGUUAGGAAGCAUAGCAUUAAUAGAAUCAUAAGUAACAUUAUGGGGUCACGAAGAGUCGGACACGACUAAACGACUAAACAACAACAACAUGAGUUCAAAUAGCCAUAAAGACAUAGUUUGCUACCUUUCCCCCAUCAGAGAUAUAGUAAGUACUGCAAUUGACUCACUUGGGCUUAGGCUCUGAAAUAGUUUGUUUUUUUAUCCAUAUGUCUGAGACUAAUCAGUGUAUUAAUAUGAGUCAAGUCAGAAGAAAGGGCAAGAAACAUUGAUUUUGGUGUCAUUGCAACCAUUAAUGGUAGAGUAAUGGCCAACAUUAAGGCAAAACCUGGAAGUAUAUUCUGAAGAAUUCAGUCUCUCAGUGUGUGUGCUUUGCUCUAGAAUAUAGCAUGAUGAACGAACACAGUCUCCAAUAUAAUAAAAUAUGUCAUGGCAAAAAAAUUAAUUUAUAGAUAUGGAGCUAGUAAUAUCUAUAUAGUGGGAGUUCAGAUUUAAUUAUGACUAUAGCUGAUUGAUCUUUAAGUACUCAUCAAUCCUUAGGAUCAGUUUUUCCUAUUUUAUUUAACUAUGCAUACCUAGAUGGCCAUACUUAUAUGAGAUGCAUCAUAUAAUCAAUGCAUUUUAUUAAUAAACAUCUUAAUUGAAUAAUAUAUUUUAUUAAUAUACAUAUUAAUAUAAUGCAUUAUUUUAACAAAUAAUGUUAUAUGUGGGGCCUUUUGACCUUUCCCACUGAAUAAAAAUGGGAAAUAAAUAACUUUACAACUGCAACAUAAAGCUUAGAAUAUUUUUAACCUGAACCUUUAAAUUGGCAAUAUAUAUGGAAGGUAUUUUAAAUUAGUUUGACCAAAUUUUUUGAAUGGCUUUCAUUUAGUUGGAAGUUAAAUUUCCCCAUGUUCAAUUAUAGCAGCAUCUCAUAUAUGCUUGACUCUUCCUCCAACAUUGCAUGAUACUGGGCUAUGUUUUGCUUGUAUAUUAUGCAGAUGUGAUGUGUUAUUUUUUAAAAAUAUCCAUGGCAUCCCUGUUUAAAUGCCUUCUUCUAUAGACCUGAAGAUGCAAAGUACAGUGAGGCUUUCUCUGAAGCAGGGAUUCACAACUCAUACAAUUUGACUUUUUUCCUUUUUUAAUCUGCUAACAUUUCUCCUUCUUUGUAACCCAUAUGGUUCCAUCCCUCCCAUCCCCGUUCACCUUCUUCCUCAGCAUUCUGUAGAGCACGCUCCACAAGGGGGUCUAGAAAUAGACAGGGGAGGGAGGACCAUAGGCCUUAGGUAUGCAGGACUCAUUCACUUCCUGCUGUUGUGGGGUAAAUGCUAGGAGUACAGUGGUACCUCGGGUUACAUACACUUCAGGUUACAUACGCUUCAGGUUACGGACUCUGCUAACCCAGAAAUAUUACCUCAGGUUAAGAACUUUGCUUCAGGAUGAGAACAGAAAUCGUGCUCCGGCGGCGUGGCAGCAGCAGGAGGUCCCAUUAGCUAAAGUGGUGCUUCAGGUUAAGAACAGUUUCAGGUUAAGAACGGACCUCCAGAACGAAUUAAGUACUUAACCCGAGGUACCACUGUAUUACUGUUUGGAGAACUAGAAUUGUAAUGUUAAAGGCAGAUUUCAUUCAAACUAAAAAUGGGAAAUUAUUAAUUUUACUUCAUUACAUUUCCCCUCUUUCCUUUCUUCUUUCACGGAAUCCAAAGUAGCCCACCUAGAUACUGGCUAGAAGCAGACCUGCUCAGCUCCAACAGGGUGGCAGUUACAUUUGCCUUCAGACAAUACCCUGGGGCCAAGUACAUUCCAACAGCACGUGAAUUGCCUGUGUUCUUCUGCAGUGGUAUGGCAUGCCCUAAAAUUAGCUAAAUGAGGAAAGUAAACCCUGUGUUAACCUAGUUUCUGUUUCCCUGUUUUGUUAAAAAAAAAAAGUGCACUUGGAUUUUGGGCAAUUCUGCAUGCAGGUAUUAUCAUCACCAUCAUGUUGUGUAUGCUAUUAAUUCAGUACCCCUGAUCCAUGUAAGCCUCGGUGAAAGGAUUAAUAUUGAUAGGCAAAACAUUGCAUUGCAUUCAUUGCACAGCAGUUGCUUUCUGCACUAAAGCUCUGGACAGGAAAUGUGGUAAGUUCCUGAGCAAAUGUGUCUGAUAGCCUGUCUUGCUCUGGGGACUCCAGAAUGUUGUUGACAUCACUUAACCAGAAAUGACACAGUUGAAGUAAUUAAUAUAACUAGCUUUGGGGAAUAAAGGAGGACCAGCAAUGUCACAAGAAGAGUCUUAAGUGGAGCACUUGAGAGGCUGCUUCCACUCCCACCCCAAUUUCAAUUUUCUUUACUCUUUUUAAAACCAGGAUAAGGAUUCUUGAUCACAUUGACGUGUGCUGUUUUCUGGGCACUUCCUGGUGUGUUGUAGGCAUUUGUAAUGUAGAGAGGUACAUUGUUGCAAGUUUGAUGAGCCCUCUUCAAAGGACUGAGCUGCUCUUUAUAAUUAUGAGUAGAAACCUCUUGAAAACACUAAUCCAGGUUUUCAUUUGCUCUAUUGCACCUCUUCAUCUCCUAAACUAGUGUCUUUUUGUAGUAUGCAUAACCAUUACUUUUCAAUAGCAUUUUUCAGUUUUCCUUUUAUAUUGCACUCUGUUCAAAAUAAACCUUUUCUCUGUAGUCAUUGCAACAGUAGCUGACUACUGUGAUGAUAAUUGGCAAGAGCUUCAUUAUAUGAAGGCAGGUCAUUGAUCUGUCUAAUCCAGCAGUCUUUAGUCUAUUAGACUCAGAUCCUCCUUUAAUCCAAACAUGUGUUUGGAAGCCUGCUCAUUAAUUUCCCCUCCAUAUAUUUGUAUGUGGUAGUGCUGCUGUUGCAACCCGUCCUUUGUGGAGGAUAAGGCUCUUAAUGGCUACUAGCCAUUAAUGGCUACUAUGUUCUGCUUCCACUAUCAGAGGCGGCUUGUCUCUGAAUACCAGUUGCUGGUGGUGGUGGGGGGGGGCUGUUGUUCUCAGGUCCUGUUUCUGGGCUUUUCAGAGAUAUUUGGCAGGCCACUGGGAGUAUAGGAUGUUGGACUAGGUGAGGAGAGGGAGACUUUCUGUUCUUCAUCAGGCAAUGGCGUUCCCACCUGCCUUGCUCCACCCUCCAGCCCUGGAAGCCUUUCCCAGACCAUGACUUUGAGAACAGCAGCAGCAGAAGAGCAAAGUUCAGGGAUAUUUUUUAAACAUUUUAUAAGUUGUGCGUCCUUGUUUCUCAAUUUGUUAUUUUUACAUGGUUUUGUAUGUUUUGUGGUAUUUUAUGCAUUGUGAUUUGCUGUUAUUUUUAUUGAUUUUAGAUCGGCAAUUCUUUAUUGUGGUUGAUAAGUGUAAACUGUUUAAUUAUUAUUUGCUGAAGUUUAAUUUUACUGUUUACUAUUAGAUUCUGAUGGAUUGUUGAAUGUUGCUUUGUUUGAUAUAAGUUGUUGAUUUUAAAGUUAUUGUGACUUUUUAUAUUGGAUCAGAUUGCUACUAUUAUUUUAUUACGUUUUUAUAUGUGUUGGAAGCUGCCCGGAGAGCCUGGGGCAACCCAGCCAGAUGGGUGGAGUAUAAUUAUAGUUAUAAUUAUAAUUAGCCCUGGAGAGACCCACCAGGGUUCUUCUUAUGCUCUUAUCACGUCAUGAGCCAAUAAUGGGCCUGAACACACCAGUUGAAAACCAGUGGUCUAACCUGAUGUGGGAUGCGGGUGGCGCUGUAGGUUAAACCACAGAGCCUAGGACUUGCCGAUCAGAAGGUCGGCGGUUCGAAUCCCCGCAACGGGGUGAGCUCCCGUUGCUCGGUCCCAGCUCCUGCCCACCUAGCAGUUUGAAAGCAUGUCAAAGUGCAAGUAGAUAAAUAGGUACCGCUCCUGCGGGAAGGUAAACGGCGUUUCCGUGCGCUGCUCUGGUUCGCCAGAAGCGGCUUAGUCAUGCUGGCCACAUGACCCAGUAGCUGUAGGCCGGCUCCCUCGGCCAAUAAAGCAAGAUGAGCACCGCAACCCCAGAGUCAGUCACGACUGGAUCUAAUGGUCAGGGGUCCCUUUACCUUUAACCUGAUGCCAGUUAUUUUUACUGCUGUCCAAGGUCUCUGAAGAGAGGUAUUUCCCAGCCUAUUACCUGAGAUCCUUCAGUGUGAGUCAUUGAACUUGGGACCUUGGGCAUGAAAAACCAUUUGAGCACAGCAUCCAGAUUAUUUCACAGAAUGAUAGGUUCUCCAUUCUUUUGCCAUGAUCACUGCUCUUUUUCACUCAGCUUAGUUUGAGUGUUGAUGCUGGGGUAGAGAUGCCAUUCCAUGUCACUUUAGCAUGUCUUUACCCAUAAGUUUCCUAUUUCUGCCUUAAUCUGUGAUUAUUAUUUUUAAAUCACAACUUUAAAAGAAUACAUAUUUUAAAUUGUAUUUUCUCUCAAAAUACUCAUGUUAAAUUUUUUUUAACCUGAAAGAAUUGUUGCAGAUGGUCAUCUGUCCUGUAUGAUCUACUUGAGAUUCCUGCAGUGCAGAGGAUUAGAUUGGAUGACCCCAUAAUUCUAGGAAAUGUGAAUACUGGUGGAUUACUGAGUUCUUAUCUACACAUUAGUCAAGAGGCAAUGAUAAGGUCAAUUCAUAAUGGAAUACAGAAAAAUAGAUACUUGAGAAAUUCGGUGCUGAAAUACACUUGAUCACAUCAAAUUGUUUUUCCUUAGGUUAUCCACUGUUUCUAUAAUGGAAAGAUGAAGAGAAAUAAAUUAUUGAUAUUUUAAAAAAUCCAAAUAAUUAUCCAGUUUAAUGGCAUUAUUCUUAAUUUACUCUAAUUUUGGCAGACUGAUACUUUGCUGUGCAUUCUAUUUAGACCCCCCCCCCCGUGAGAAAAUGGGCAGUAAUAAACAACUAAUGGGCACAUUUGUGUGUAAAAUACUGAAAUGAAAAUACUGAUUAACCUUCUUAACUUGUAAAGAUAGUGUUCCUGAAAGUAAGAAAUGCCUCAUUCCACAUCACUCUUUUAUGGAGUCUUAUUUUAUGCUGUAAGGCAUCAAUGUCAUUGAGCAUUUAUUAGAAACCUGAACACACAUGACUGAAUAAUUGUGUGUCUUCUCUGUCUUUUGUCCAAUGAAAACUGACAAGAAGGAGCUUAUUAGCUUUGAUAAUGUCUCUCUGACUGACAUUGCUGACGUUGUAUAUGGGAGAUCUCAGCCUGGAUACUUCUAAAAGAAGAAAUGACAUGAAAGUGAUUGAUUUUAGCGAUUUUGCAAGUGUGUGCCCAUGUUUAAGCACAACUGCCAUACUAUUUUAAUUGGUUAACUGGACUGGUAAUAAAAAAGUGGAAAGAAGAGAUACGGAAAUAUUCUAUAUUAGUGCUAAAUCGUAGGAAUGAGAGAGGCCCAGGCAUAUCUUGUAUGCAGAUAAAUAACCUAAUCAAGUGAAGAUUUUCUAUUCAUUGAAGCCUAUUGUUUUUGGAGAUGAAAGACAGUUGCCAUGUGAUGAACACUUCAGCUGACCAGGUUAUCGUAUUUUAUUAGCUAUCAGGGUGUAAAGAGCGGGAUUGUCUCAGUUCACUUACUCGGUCUUCACUUCCUUUGCCCUCUUCUCUUCUUGCUGGUGAACAGUGUUAUAUCCUGAGGAGGAAGCAGAAUAGAAUAAUAGUUGUGAAUGUGUCUGCAUAAACCCUGAAAUCCGGAGAUGAAGUUCUGGGCUGAGAACUUAAGCUGCUUCAUAUCCUUGCUCUAAUCAAGUGCGAUGCUUUGCUGUUCCCAUCAGCCUUGGUAACAAAUAAACUUGGCAUGUGAUGCAGAGCUUAGGAGGUGCAGGGUGCCUUAAACUGAAAAGUUUUUUGGGUCUUGUUCCAAAGCCAUCUGUUAGAGUUUUGUCAUCAGAUUUGUUCAGAUCAGAAGUCAAUAAGGAAGUUUUGAAAAACCAGCAUUGCAUAGGUAUUUUUAUCUAGUUUUCUAAAACCAGUAAUUUGGAGCCUUAUUUUUUUAAAAAAGUGAGAGUGGUUUUGUCUUUUUUUGUUUGCCCCCAUGCAUGGACUAUAGCUUCUUUUUUCCUAGUGAGAAGGGAUUUCAGGACUAGAGAGACAUGGUAACAACAACAACAAUCCAUAAACACCUUUUAACUUUUUUGUUCCUCAUAAAAGCAUUUGAUUAGCUAUUGACUAUGCAAGAUCAAAAAUCAGUAAGAAAAUCUGUUUUACUAUGCCCCUAAACAUGUUUGCUUUUCCCUUUUCAUUUCUUGGGGUUUUUUGUUUGUUUGUUUGUUUGUUUUAAAAUGAAGCAGCAGCAGCAAUGUUUUAAGGCCAUAAGUUGAAUUUGGACAUUUUCUGUGGAGGUGAUUACCACUAGCGAACCACAGGAAAGGCAUACUUUGAUUUCUUCCCUCUUUUUGCUCCAUAUCGUACUAAAUUUUACUAAAGGAUGCCUUGUGAGAGGGUUCCAUAGUUCACAUUUGAUGACAAUGAGUGAAAUAUGCAAAUUAGAUGGUUGUAACUAUACUGUAAGAGGUUACUCUGUACUAAAUUGAUUUUAGAGAAACAGUGAAACAUACACUAUCCAUAAAGAGAUUCAUGAACCAUCCAAAUGUAUACUUCAUCAGCUCAGUAAAAUGGAAGACUUUUUAUGGUAGUGUGCACUUCAUCAGCUGCAAGAACAUAAUAUGAAAACGAUUACUUCCUCAGCAUUUGUAAUCUUGACUGAAAAUUCACAUUGCCUUUUUCAUGUUGUCUGCAGUGUUCAGAGCCACAGAAGCUGUUUAACAUUGCAAGUGAACUUCUUCAUACGGAAGAAGCUUAUGUUAAAAGGCUUCAUCUUCUGGAUCAGGUAAGUCUACUUCUAUAUGGGGAAUUAGUCUUGCUAAAAAUUUGUAAGAAAACUUAAUUUUUCUCUACUAGAUCAGUUCAUUUUGAACAAGUAUGUCUGUAUAGCUGAUGGUAGUUAUUUUCGACAAUUAACUUCCUCAAAAGUCAAAUUUAUCUGUAAUAGCUGAGUCAGAUGUCUGUUGUCUUUUAGCCAAUUGUGCAAUGUCUUGUGCGGAAGUAGAAAAAUAUAUAAUUGGAACACAUUGUAAAGAAACCUUUCCAUUUAGCCUCUUUCUUUCUUUCACUAGUUUUUUUGUCUAGCCAAAUGUUAAUUAAGAAUGAUACUUGAAAAUAUUUGUAAAGCACCUUUAUAUGUUAAAUCCAUGUUUUUUCUUUAGUUAGCUUUCACUCUAAAUGGCUAACAUAACAAAUGGCUUUGAAAUAAGCAGGUGGCAGAUUUAUUGGAAAUAUAUAUGGAUGUCUUUAGUUGAGGAGUCCUUCUAACAAGCUAGACAUGUCUCUUGAAUACAUCUUGGGGAGAAAUUCAAAAAUCUGUAUCCGUUAUCUGUCAACAUCCAGCUGCUUAAAUUAGUAUAAAUAAUAUACUUUUGGUUCUGAUGUUGUGUGUGUGUUUUGGUGCAGGUUUUUUGCACUAAAUUGUUUGAGGCGGGGAUUCCACCUGAUGUGGUAACAGGAAUCUUUUCAAAUAUUUCUUCCAUCUAUCGCUUCCACGAACAGUUUCUUCUGCCUGAGCUCAAAACAAGGAUUACAGAUGAGUGGUGGGUAAAUGAAGGACUACAAACAAAUGUUUCUAUGUUAAGAAUUUCCUAGAAACUAAAAACGUCUGCUUCUGUAACAUGCUAGCACAACAAAAUAUAAUGCACUGUUAUUGGUAUGUAUCUGUAUGUCACAUCUUAACACUCCUGAGUGUUCCAUGAACUUUACAGAAUAAAGUUCAGGAGAUGGCCCUCCUGAAAUAGUUCCACCAUGUGGUUUCACUGGCUUUGAAACCCCUGCUGCAUCUGAAACUAUGGCACCUACUAAGCCUCGCCCACAUUAGCACAAGCUUCUAUCUUGUUUUGCUUUCCUCUGUCUUUUCAGAGGCAGGGAUCAGCAGCUGGUGCAGGAACAAUGCUCUUUCUCAUUGUUUUCAGUGUUAGGCACUGUUCCAUGCUUGCAUCUGAACUGCAUGCUUGGAGCUAGCCUCAGGGAAGCCCAUCUUUGUGAAGGCUCCAUUUCCAAAUCUAGCAUACAAAGCCUUGGGUCAAAGCCUUGGCUGGGAAAUAGAAUUGCACCAUAAGCACACAAAUGUCUUUGGUAAAAGUAUUCCCUAAUAAGAAUUCAUACGUGGAGAUAGCUAUCUGUUUAGUUUUUUGUGACUAAUUCACAUCUGCAACCAAAAAUGCAGUGAGGCCUGCGCUCAGGCCCCUUUGACAUGUCCUUUAAAAAGACAUUGUAUACUUCGCUUAUUGAAAAACAUAUAUUUAGAUUGUUAAAAAGUUUUGGUCGAGUUCCUGUAAGGCAGGGAUGUCCAACAGGUCGAUCGGGAUCCCCGGGAGGUUGCAGUCAAUCGCUGUCAAUCGCGGGCUCAUUUCCCUUUGCUUUUGCCUAAGAGCACCUGGCCCUGGCCCCUCUCUCCUGCCUGUAUUUUCUCCUGAUCUCUGUAACGUAAGACAGACUUUUUGCUGUUCUGCUAAAUGUUUCCCGUUCCCGCUAAAAGUCCCCCCCAAAAAACGGAACCCCAACAAAAUGGGGCGUUUCCCCUCCCUAAAAAAGCUCAACAACUUUGACCGGAACCCCUAAAAACCCCUAAAAAGGGUGGUAGAUCACUGCCAGAUUUUAAUUCUGAAAGUAGAUCGCAGUCUCUCGGGAGUUGGCCACCCCUGCUCUAAGGAAAUAAAGCUGUCCUUGGGUAAGAGGACAGCUCCUCCUAAGGAUGAGAACCUGGUUAAAAGACAGGCAAAAGAUACAUAUAAACGAAUUUUCAUAAUGAACAGAGGUGUAACCAUGGCUGUCCCUCGUGAAUCUUCAUUGCUGUUUAACUUGUUCUCGAAAAAUGUGAAUAAUGUGAUAGCAGCCAUAAGACACCAAAUCAUUCAGAUUGGUCAGUCCCGGGUAUUAAAGCAUGGGAAAGAGAAUAAAGUUUAAUAGAGAACGGGAAUACAAUUUCCUAAACAUUUAUGAAACUACAGCAUCAGUCCUUGAGAAGGGGCAGGGUGAUUGUUGCUCCCUGCUUGCAAUAAUGCUGUACUUGCUAGGAUGGGGUGGGGUGAGAUCGGAGGAGCUGCAGCUUGGCAACAGAGCAUUUUUGCUGCUCCCCCCAUACACCACUGCUGUGGAGACUCCAACUGGUGUUUGCCUGUAAAAUUGUAGAGUUGGAAGGCACCCCGGGGCCAUCUAGUCCAACCCCCUGCAAAGCAGGAAUCUUAACACACAGUCCCUCAUCCAGUUUGAAACGAUACUGUGCCCUGCUUAGCUUGGCAAACGUGCUAGCAGCUUUACUGCCACACAACUUGAUGUGAGAUAAUUCAAAUAUGCACUUUUACAAAACUUGCCAUUUUGAAUUCCAAAUGGUGUAAUAAUAGAAGCACUUGUUUACAAAAGAAUUGAAGUGUUGUUUUCAGACUCGUGUGUUUAAUUUUGAUGCAAGUGAGUAAGUAGAAUUUCCCCCCAUCCACAUCAUUUUAACUAUACUUGUAAUUUAUGAAGAUCAAUUAUAUCAGACUGCAUUCAAACAUAGGAUGUGUAAUUGUAGUUGCCAGCUGAUGUCAUAUUUCAUUUCCGUGCUUUUCUUUAAAUUUGUCUUGUUAUUUCUUCUGUCUACAGGAAUACAAACCCAAGGCUCGGAGACAUCGUCCAAAAACUUGCUCCAUUUCUGAAGAUGUAUGGAGAAUAUGUAAAGAAUUUUGACAGAGCAAUGGACAUGGUGAACACAUGGAUGCAGAGAUCUGUUCCUUUUAAAGCUGUUAUUCAAAACAUACAGGUAUAAAUCAUUUGUACUUAUCACAGUCCAUGCCUUGUUGACAUUACACAUGCGAGGGAGUGAAACCAGAAGAAGUUCCAUUCCACACACUUAUGGUAUCAUAUACUGGAUAGGUCUGCCUGUGUAGCUCUGUAGCCAAGAAAACCUUUUAGGGAAGGCAGGGUUGAUUUCAGUGACGUGUGAUUGUGCCAGCUAGAUCUCUGGCUAGCUCAUUGGUUUUACACAGAGUAUUGUAAUAAAUAUAAACCAUUAAAUGGGCAUAUGAAAUUUAUUAUUAUAAACUCUGAAUUGAAGCCAGGCUUAAAAGGAAAAUAACUUCCUUGAAGAAGCCACUUUUUAUGGCUUGACUUAGUGUUAUGUCUGAACCUGAGAUCAUGGUUUAUUUCUUCUAGACAAGCCGUGAACAGUAAGACCUUGGUUUCAGGUCAUGGUUUGUCCAGAGCAAAAUAAACCACGAUCCUGGAUUCAGAAGUAACGCUAAGCUAAGCAUGAGUACUGUAAGCUAAGCCUACAGUAGUAGGACCAGAGGAGAAACAAAGCUUCUACAACCUUCUAACUGGGAACCAUCAACAUUUGCUGGCUUGCAUUAAUCCAUAGUUUAAGAUAAACCUGUUUUUCUCUUCAUGCAUAGUCAUUAUAUUGAUCAAUGUAUUCCAUCAUAAUUAACUUGCAGACUUUGAGUUGAAUCCAAUGUUAGUUUUACUUAGAGCAGACUAGUUUAAAUUAAUAGACAUGUGUAACUUAGGUCCAUUAAUUUCAAUGGGCAGGAUUUGUCUAUUGAGUCCCAGUCAGCAGCAGAAGCCCUGUGCAAGGAUUUCUUCCUGCACAGUGAGCCUCCUUCCCUCUCCUCCCCCUGGAUGCCCCCCUAAAGUGACUGGUGGUGGUGGUAGGGUGGUCCCGAGAACUCCCAGAACAGUGCAUGGUGGGAGGAGACAGUAAGGUUCUGCCCAGUAAGGUGAAAUACUUGCACUGGUAGAAUGAUCAGAAGAGCUUGAUGUUGACUUCCUUCCAUUGGGUCUAUUCUGUAUACAACACUUCGUACUUGUUUGUUUUGUGAUGAAUAUACCACUGAGAAAUAAUGAAAUAAAUAAUACUGUUACAGGAAAGGAACAUGAAUUGGGUAGUAGAUAUGGAGAUGUACUGCUGUACUGGACUGAGCCUAGGUUGAAACCCAAGGUAUCAGUAAGAGAUGCCUUUGGGCCUGGAUCCAGCAUGACAUAGUAACUAAAUGUCCUUUCCUCUCCUUCCCCUUUUUAUUAUGAUGAUAAUUUGUACAUCUGAAACACUUUGCUUGAUUCUGUAUUUACCUUGCCAUGACCACCAGCAUCUUUAUGAUAAUUUAAAAAACUGACUAAUUAAACAUAUGAACAUCUUUCUACAGUCCUACAUCAGUAAAUGGUUUAAGUAUAUGGAUAUGGCAAAAUAAAAAUAAAAAAAUGUUCAGAAAAUCAGCCUGCUUUCCUUCAAUUACAGAAAGAAGAAAUAUGUGGAAACUUGACAUUACAGCAUCACAUGCUGGAACCUGUACAGAGAAUUCCACGCUAUGAGCUUCUCCUAAAGGAUUACCUUAAAAAACUUCCUGAAGAGUCACUAGACCGAAAAGAUGCUGAAAGUAUGUAUAGUUUUCAUCCACAUGGUUCGGCAUCAUAUUCUGUGUGGGGGCAUAAAUAUGCAUCAUGUUAUAGCUUUUCAAAAUUAAACCUUUUCCUCUUUUGUCAGAAUCUGACAACAACACUCUUUGACUGAUGGAUUUCUAUUGUGGACCUGUUAAACCAAACAUGACAUUUCUUUUUUACUUAGUGCACAGCACCUGAUACAUACCUAUUGCAUGAUAAUGAUAGUUCCAAUCAACUUAUUCUGUGGUAGUGAAGCUUCUGACAUCAGUUGGCUGAAGUGUCAUGAUGGCGCAUAAUGUUUCCUGACAUUUCAACUGUUUGCCAGCCAACUUUUUUGAGAGAGAAAUUGAAUUUCCGAUUGGGUAGGAUUUCAACUUUACACAGGGACAGAAAUAGAUAGGUUCCCCAUCUGCUGAUCUAUAUCUUUUAAAUGCCCUAAUACAUUAUUCUAUGUGUUACAUGUAAAGAACAUAUCUUUGGCCAUUUUCCCCCUAGGUGCUAUGAGUUGGAUGUAGGAUUCUUCCUGUUCAAAAGUAUCCAGGCCAGUUCAUGCAAUCCUCCCACCCACACUCAGCAUGUGCUGGGACAGAGAAGCAAGCCUUCCUCCUAAUAGCUUGCCAUACGCUCAGUCUUGCUUGAUCUGCUUUGUAUGCUUAACUGGCUGAAAGUCUAAUGUGAUAUCAGUUCCCCUGCAGGUUUCCUUCCACAAAGAAAAGUACAGACAAAAGGGGACUUGCAGUGCCUUAUGCGGAUUCUGGGCAACUGAAGAGAAGCAUUUGCUAAAGACAGCUUCCUUCUAUAUAAUGAAUAUGUGCCUUGGAAGCACACAACCAGAAAAGGCACAAAUUAUGUUCCAGAUGUGAAACACCUUCAGAGAGGUGUUUGAGGCUGGGCUUGAACAUUAAGAACCUACAUUAACACCAACCAUAAAUUAAGGAAAAGAAAUUCUUGUUCCUGCACAGGAAGUUGUAGAAAUAGGGCUGUGCCUAAGCAAAAUAACUCUUCAUAUAUUGCAUGCUUUCCUCUCUUGGUAAUUUACUGGGUAAUUUACUGUUGCGCACUGUAUACAGGGGACUCUCGACUUACGCGGGAGUUACAUUCUGGGUAUCACACAUAAAACCAAAUUCACGUAUAGUCAAAACACAUUGGGUUCAAUGGCAGGUAGGAUUACCAAAGUCAUUUUUCCUGGAACACCCUCCCUCAUUCCCCUUUUUAUUUACUUUUUUAAUUCUUUUGCCAAGCAUGUAAAUCUGAAUGCACACAAGUUGAUGUGCUACUUAUUUCAGAUAUUAUAAAUGUGUCUUGCAUACACACUUGACCCUCACAAGCACAGGAAUAUGAUUCAAUGGACUUGUCCUUACAAACCUGUCAUUUAUGUGCAGCUGCAUUUUUGCAGAAAUGCUGUACACAUCAGGGAAAUAAAAAACUGCACUAUUAACUGAUAAUGAUCUCGAGAAUGUGUAACUGCUGCUGCUUUAUUGCAGAAUCACUGGAGCUCAUUUCUACUGCGGCAAACCAUUCAAACGCAGCCAUCCGAAAGAUGGUGAGUAGAAAUUGUGUAACUGAAUCAUCACCUGAGCCAUUAACUGAGCUUCCUAUUUGAACCAGUGGUUUUCUCAUUACUCCAUGAAGACUUAAUGUUGGUUUUUCAUACUUAUUCAAACUUUCUAGAUCAAACUGAAGUAUAAAUUAGUGCCUUUCUAUAGUUAUUAUCUAUUAUUUAUGUAUAUGAGGUCCGUCCCCCCCGGCAUUUUCUCUCUUGUGACUGAUACUAAUUUAUGUAGCCAUUUUCAAAAACUCAUCUUUUGUUGUAGUUUCUUUCCUGUGUAUUCUAAAAAUGUUCAUAAGUUUUAAAUAUUCAGCCAUUGUUCUUGCAAAUGAAACAGGCCAGUUAGGGGGUUUGACCCUAUAUAUGACAGAGAUCAGGUCCAUAUAUUUACCUUUUUUACCCAUAUAUGAAUAUGAACAUAUAUGAGAUAGGUGUUGUGUGAAAUCGCAAUUGCCUGUGACCCUAAUACCAUUUUGGGGGCAGGAGGUAUUCUUGUCAUUAGGCAAAUGAAUGCAUGGCUCACAAUGAGCUUAUUUAUAGUGUGGCAAGUGAACGUGUUCCUAAGGUAUAUUCCCGCUCUGCCAAGUGAAAAAUAAGCCAAACCCAGAUUAAAGACCAUGCUUCUGCCAUUAAGAAGACAUAUAUAAAGACAGUUGUUUAUAAGUGAAAAUACUAUAGGAAAUGUAACAAUGAUGGAAUAAGCAGCAGAGCAUAUGCUUUGCCUACAGAAGUUUCUGGUUUCAAUACCUGCAGAGCUUCUCUAAGUUCAUGUGGUUGAGCAGAUGACAUCUCAGUUAGUAAAACUCUGAAAGGCAGGCUUAGUCUGGUUUCCAAAAUGGCAAUGUAUGCACUAACUGCAAUAAGAACAUUUACAAAGAUUAGCAAUACUUCUUUGUAAUCGGGUUGAAACACUGAAAAUCCAUAAAACUCUGUGUGUGUGCGCGCGUGCGCGUAUACACAAUACUGAGACAAUUUCUAUAAGAUCCAAGCUUUGUGUAUGUGUUUAUUUAAUAAAAUCAUCCUGCCUUCUCUUGAAAACAUUUUAAAGAAAAUGCAAGGUUUGUUUUAGAUGUUACAUAUUUACUUGUCUAAUUUACCUCCCAGCAACACUUCUGUUUUUGUAAGAAAUAAUUAUAGGCAGUGUUUUUAAAUGAACCCACUUGUUUCUCACUCUGGGCGUACUUCACAGGAAGUAGUUGUGGCUUCUUCUCUUUCUCAGAUUCACAAGUUAGAGGUGUUUUCAUCUUCCUUAUUGAGACACCAUUAUUCUUGCACAGGAGUAGGGAACAUUUACAUUCAAAGGGUCUCUUAUCUUGCCAGUGCUCCGAGUGCCAAGUGGAUGGGAUCAAAGGCUGGCAAUAAUGAAGAAACCAUGCAGCUUGCAACACACACAUAUAGCAAGGCAUGGGGAACAGUUGCUGAGGAAGCUGAAGUGUGUGUAGUCUUAAUCCUAUCAAUGUUUAAUUGAUUUUUAAUUAUUGUUUUUAGUGGUUUUUAAUGUUCUUGUAAGCCACCUUGAACUAUGUCAGGGAAAAUGGGGUGGGGGAUUAACCACAACAACAACAUACAGUGGUACCUCGGGUUACAUACGCUUCAGGUUACAUACGCUUCAGGUUACAGACUCCGCUAACCCAGAAAUAGUGCUUCAGGUUAAGAACUUUGCUUCAGGAUAAGGCGGUGCAGCAGCAGCAGGAAGCCCCAUUAGCUAAAGUGGUGCUUCAGCUUAAGAAUAGUUUCAGGAUAAGAACGGACCUCCGGAACGAAUUAAGUACUUAACCUGAGGUACCACUGUACUAGUUGUACUCAUAAUAGAUCUGUUGGAAUCAAGAAACAUUACUACCUCACGUCCUUCAAUGCCAAUGGGUCUACCCUGAGAAGAAUUUGGUUGUCAGGAAAAAAUUAAUGGCUGCACUGAAAAUUGGUGUACGGACCUUUGUGAUACAUAUAAGGCAGCUCCUGCUUGCUAAAAUUCGUAUGUGGGCAUCAGAUCCCCGUGAAAGUGUCUUUCUCUAGUUUCCAGCUCCUAUUACUGCUGUUAUGAGGGCUAGAAUUUUAUCUUCUUUAUGAUCUUGGGAAUCAAUUUCCUGACUACUUUGACAGAAGAGCUAUUUGGGAUUCUGCAAUGAAGUACCAAGAGAUGAUUAAAAUAGAGAGGAUUAAAUGCUUUAUGUUGCUAGAGUGCAUUCUGUUUUCAUGGUUGCUUUUUUAAGGCUGUGAAAAACCAUGGACUUGCACUGUUUAUUUCUUCUUUCAUGUAUUUUUUUGUUGGUUCAUUGUUUUUUAUUUUUUAAUACCAAUAUUUAGUAAUUCUUCAGUAGGUAGCAUUUCCCCUGUUAAUUAAUUGAAUUAUUUUUUUCUUCUAGUGUGUGUAUCGUAAAGCAAUAGACUAGCUGUUAGCUGAGUUGGCAUUUCCUUUUUGUGCUUGUAGGAAAAGAUGCACAAGCUGUUAGAAGUGUAUGAGCGCCUUGGAGGAGAAGAGGAUAUAGUUAAUCCAGCCAAUGAAUUGAUUAAAGAAGGGCAUAUUCAGAAACUGUCAGCAAAGAAUGGCACCGCUCAGGAUAGGUAUCUAUUUCUGGUGAGUUACUUCAUUUCUCAGGAGUAAAGUGUUCACCUACUUUGUAGACACAAAGUCUCCUUUGAUCUGAUUGGUCAGGUCUGGCUGGUGGAGUCUGCUCUGUAUUGCACAUGUAUUUUCCUUUCACAAAAGCAGGUUCUGUUCUGUUUUAAAGAAAAUGUUCUUUCUGUUGUCAUACCAGUAUUUGAUGAUGCUUUGGGUUUUGUGUAAUUGGCACUUUUAUUAGUUUACCCCAGAGUGCUGCUGAAUAUUAAAUAGUCCACAGACAUUAACCUGACAAACCCAUUUCCACCAGACUUAAGUAUAAUCUUUUAAAUUAUCAUUAACAAUCACAGGCUCCUAUGGACAGUGUCAACCAUUUUGUGCAAAAAACAGGAGCAGCACUUUGGAAAUCUGAGGUCAGGCCCGGCCAGCCAUUAGAUGUUGAUCUUCUGACAUGGCUCUCUGAAUAUAAUAUCCACACAUAGUUUCUCUCUGUGUGAGUCCACAUGUGACAUAGAAGGCUUUUCUUAUUUUUAUAGUUCUGCAGAGAAUACUGCUGAAAUAUCUGCUGGAAAACACUCUGGCAUCUUUCCAGCAUGUUGUGGGUUGGUUUUGCACAGGUAUAUUGUACAUUGCAGGUAUAGGGCAGGAUUCAGCUGACUCCUGUUGUCACAAGCCCUGCAUGAGGACGUCUGCUUGUACAAGGGGUAUUUCCCCUCCCCGGAAAUUGGCUCUGGGGUGGGUGAGUAGGAGAACAACCAAUAUAGUGUGUGUGGAGAAGAGGGCGGUGGGGGGUGUCAUUCUGUCUGGCAGUGGCAUUGAAUUUCACUCAUAGUUAUUGCCAGGCAAUUUCCCCCCCCCCCAUCUGUAACCAGGCCUUUGGUCUUUAACUAGAUCUGUGGCCUUUUGUACAUGGCCAGGAUGUUUUUAAUGUGUUUCUUUUUCCUUUUGCUUUUAAUGUAUUUAUUGUGGGGUGUUGUUUGUUUUCUGUUUGGUUGUAAGUUACCUUGGGUUGCCCUGGGCAAGAUGAAGCGACCAAGAAAUUUAAUAAUAAUAAUAAUAAUAAUAAUAAUAAAUCACAAUUCAUAGAAGAUAGAUGAUUCACAGUCAAAAUCGAGCUUUCCUCAAUCCCCGCAUGAGCUGUUGCUAUAAAAAUGAAUUCCAGAUAAAUUUCACACACCACAGUGCUAGAAAUUUUAACCUUUAUUGGAGAAAUGAACUAUAACAACUGAUUUUGCAAUUAAGGGUGUGGCUAUGCUUACUGAUUUUAUAAUGAAGGAUGUGGCUGAAUAUUAAAGUGAUUUCCACAUACCAUAACAAGAAUUUUCCAUCAAUUGCAGUUUAACAGCAUGGUGUUGUACUGUGUGCCCAAACUGAGAUUAAUAGGCCAGAAAUUCAGUGUGCGAGAAAAGAUCGAUAUUGCAGGAUUGCAGGUUUGUAUCUUGCUUGUUUGCAUUUAUAAUAUACUUUUAUAACAGUGCUUGGAUAGCUCAGUUGGUUGGAGCGUGCUGCCGAUAAUGCCAAGGUUGCAGGUUCAAUCCCCAUAAGGGACAGCUGCUUAGUCCUGCAUUGCAGAAGAUUGGACUAGUUGAUCCUCAGGUUCCCUUCCAACUCUAUGAUUCUGUGAUUCAGGAUUUGUCACUUGUUGAGAAACAAGCACUUCGGCCAUCCCCAAAUGCAUAAGCAAAGUAAAACACAGGCAACGUGGAAGACGGAACAUGACAUGCUGUUAUUGAAGAUGGAACUGCAGGAAAUGAGUAUGCAGUAUUGCAGACUUCAACAGGGGGACUGUGCAAACAAUAACAACAACAAAGCCACAGUCAGUUUCUCCUUUGGCAUCGCAGUACCAUCAGUGCCACUUGAAAGCCGCUGAGCUUAAAACAUAGUGGAUGUGGACCCAUACAUUUCUCCGUGCCUAGACAAGUCGCAGAUACAAUCUAGGUUAGAGUUCAAGUCUCUUCCACCAACUGCUUCUGCACCUUACAGCUGGCAAACCUUGUUUGUAUCUCAGAAAAACCCUUGUGUAAAUAAUGCCUCUGAAAGCAUUGUCAUUAAAAAGUAGACACUAGAUGUUAUUUUUAAACAAACAGUUCAUUAUUAUUAAUAGUUGCUGCUCUUUAGAGAGAGUAGAGGUUUGUUUGGUAAUCUUAAAAGUGUUUGGAAAAUUAUAUUUUAAAGUAUAGCAAAAUAUACUUGGUUUCCUAGGUCCAGGAAAUCAGCAAGCAAAACGUGGCUCAUACAUUCUCAAUAACAGGAAAGAAGAGAUCAUUGGAGCUACAAGCUAGGUACAGAAUUUUGUUCAUUCAUUCUGCAUGUUUUGAGCAAGGAAUGUUAGGCUGUGGAAGCAAUUGGUAAAAUAAUUCAUUCUAGUAAAUUCAAUUGUUUUGAAUCAUAAAUAAGGUAAAGGGGAAGCAAAGGGUAGUUUUCAAUUAUAUGCUGCCGAGUUUAGAAUAGGUGGCAUAUCAGAUUCCAGCAACAAAACAUGAAUUUACUGUAGAGAUGAAUAAGACUAUUAUCUGCUUAUAAGACUGCAGAUAUUAAAACAGCUACUGAAUAUGCUACAUGUAUACAACAUGUAUGUCUUUUCUGCAUUUUAUAGGACAGAAGAAGAGAAGAAAGAAUGGAUCCAGGUCAAUAUAAGCAUAUUUUACUUAGCCUUUAUGCCAUCCCAUUUCAUUUUCGGUGUUCUUCUUUGCUAAGUACAUUAAGCUGCAUAUAGGAACUUUUUCCUCCAUUUCAUUAUUUCCAAGCUGUUAUACCCCACCCUGCCAAAAAGACACCUUUCCCUGAGCAACUUACAAUAAAACAAUAAAAUACAGCUAUACAAAGAUAAGUAAAGCUGAGUAAAAUAACAAUAAAGCUAGCAAAAGUUUUUUUAAAAAAAAGCAUUAUAAAAAAACCAGACACUGGAGAUGAAAGCAUGCCCUUAACAUGCCUGAGACAGUAAAAAAAAACUUUGGUGCUAAGAUGAUGUCAGAGUAGGCAAAUGUGAACCUCCCAAUGGUAUUCCAUAACUAGGACUGUAACAGAAAAGGCUGCUCCCUAAUCAUACUCCACCAAGGGUUGUAUCUAGCAAAGCCAUCCUAUCAGUGCAGGGACUUAUGCCUGAACAACAGAACAGCCUCUCUGCCCCAUGUGACGCUGCACUCCACCCAGAUCUAUCCUGGGGUUUCCUCCAACCCUCCACAGCAGAUUGGUGAGGGAGUAGAGGGAGAGGAAGUCCCGUUAUGCAAGCAGAAGGCAUUAUGCAGCUUGGUCGGAUACAGCCCUGUAUUUGUGAUGGGUAUCCAAAGUCUCUGAGAAUUAUCUUAAGGCACUCAUGUGCCUUAAGAAAAUGGUCACAUAUGUCCCAAGCCAUGAAGAAAUAACUUUAAAAGUGAGCAUAAUCACUUUAAUGUGAGCCUGAACAUAGACGAAUAGCCAAUGCAGAUGCUUCAGAACAAGCAAGAUGGAUUCCUAAUGCAGAGUCCCAGUUAGCAUUUCCACAAUAGUAUUUUACAAUAACUGCGUCUUCAAAGGCAGCCUCACAUGUACUCUAUUACAGUAAUGGAAAAUAUUGCUUCGGGGUGAUGACUUCUACAUUGAAAUCUUAUUGGUGUUUUAGCAGAAGACCCAUUGCCUACCUCUCCCAUUACAUUUAUAUAAUUCUGGUAGUGCUUUUGUUCCUUAUAGUUAGUUAACUGAAGUGACCUUUCAGUUUUUACAGAAUACAUUCUUAAUUUGAGGCUCUACUUUUGUAAGUCAUACUUGGAAAUUCUUCAUCUUGUAGAAACAACACUCUUAGGUAAUGACAUCAGCAAACAGUUUUGUUUUGUUUUUAAAAAGGUUUUUGGUUUUGUGUUCUAAAUAAGAUUUUGCAGCUUACUUUUACUUACUGCAUUUCUUGGAAUUUUAUUGCAGGUCAUUCAAGCAACAAUUGAAAAACAUAAACAGAACAGUGAAACGUUUAGAGCUUAUAACAGCUCUUUUUCUCAAGAAGAUGAGCAUCUCCCAGAUUCAUCAGUAAGCAUUUAGUGAUCAUUAUUCCUGUGGGUCUUUGCUGUCAUAUAUAUUGCACUUAAACUUGCAAAAAAAUUUUUUGUUUUUAAUUUGUAGCCUGUGGUUUUGAUCCAGAGUUCCCAUAAGUGGAGCUUCACUCCUGGGACUUUCCAUUGGGGAACUGGACAAAGGGAGGCAAUUUUCUCCAUCUCUUGACACUUGCUUAUAUUGAGUUACAUUACUCACUUCAUGAACAUGCUUAAAAGCACAGGUUCUAGUACCAAUCCUUGGUGGCAUAGGAAUCAACUCCUACGGGUCAAGGUCCUUUCACGCCCCCCAUAAAAUAUUUGAGGGGCCCCCCACCUAAAGUAGAUGGGCAUUACCAUUCAAAUAGCAUGUGUGUGCUGUGUGUUUGAUUGAUUAUGCAAGGUUGGCUCUCUUGCUUGGUGGACUCCACUUUCUGCUUCCAUCCAUUAGAACUAUCCAUUUAUUCCUUCUCUCUGCAUCCUGUUUCUUACCCAGUUACUGAUUCUUAAGAGGACCUCUCCUCUUAUUCUGCGACUGAUAAACUUACUCAGGAAUAUUUGACGAUGUACUUUUAUCUAUAUACUUGUUGGCACUCUCAAAGUACUAAGAAAGGUUAGUGAGACAGGACCUACCUUUGCUGAAACUUGUUCUUCUAUAUGCUUGGGAGUUCUACCUUUAAUAAAGCUUUUCACCAGUUUUCCAGGAAUAAGUAAGCUGGUCUGUAAUUUGCUGGAUCCCUUUAAAAGACAUUCAUGUUAAGUUGGCUACUUUCCACUACUCAGGUAUGGGGAUUGAUAGUAGGCACAUGUUACAUAUUUUUCUUAGAAGAUCAACAAUUUCACAUUUGAACUCUUUAAGAACUCUCAUCUGGACCCAGUGUUUUGUCAGUUUUCAAUUUGCCCAUAAGACCUAGAACGUAGUCACUUAUCACUGCUAUUCUCAUACUCCAUCUCUAAGAAAGUUCAAACACAGGGAUUUAUCCCACAUCUUCUGUGAAGGCAGGCAUAAGAAUUCAUUCAGCUUCUCUGAACUUUCUCUUCUGUCCUUUAACAGUCUUUUGAUACCCAUGUCAUUCAAAGAUCCAGCUGCUUUCCUAGCUGGUCUCCUGCUAUUCAUGUAUUUAAAGAGUUUUUUGUUGGUGGUCUUUAUGUUUUUAACAAUGUGCUCCUUGAAUUCCUCUCCCUUUCCUUUCAACAAAGCUGCAAUUUUCUCAAGAAAAUGGUCUCUAAUAGCCUCUAAGAGCUUCCUUUUCUCUGCUUGCUAACCAUGAUGACAUCCUCUUGGCCCUGGUGGUACAUUUCUUGAACUGUAGUAUACAUUCUAGUCGAGCUUUCAUUGUGGUUUUGAAAACCCCCAAGCAUUCUGGAGAAAUUGGGUCCUCUUUACUUUGCCUCUUAGCUUCCUUUUUACCAGUUCCUUCAUUCUGGGGAGCUUUUCUCUUUUGAAAUCAAAUGUGACUGUGUAGAACUUUCUGGGCAAUUGUCCGCUUACAUAUAUGUUAAAUUUGAUAGUAUUAUGGAUCACUGUUCCCAGUUGGAUCAACAGUACUUAUAUCUCACACCAGGUUCUGAUUUCUACCGCUCUAGUUGAUUCCCAUAGAACAUCAUCAUUUAGGAUAUUUAGAAAUAGAUGUUAUCAGUUUGUUAUGUUUGGAGCAUAUAGCCUGUCUGUAUGAGGGUAAUUAAAGUCACCCAUUACUACAGCAGUUCUCCUUUGGAUGUCUCCUGGAUUUUAUUCUCCAUCUCAAGCUUCUCUCAGCAUUUUGGUCAGGGUGAUGAUAGUACACCCCCAGUACUAAAUUGCUCUUGGAAGCCAGUAUUACCACCCACAACAGUUAUGUGGAUGAGCCCCUUUGGGGAUUUCUAACUUGCUGGACACUGUAUCUGUUGAUGUGCAGAGUGACACCCCUUCCAGUGUUGCUAGCUUUCAAGAAUUUUAAAUAUGAAGAUUUUAUGUUCUAUUAGAACCAAAAUGUUAUCAUAUCAUGGGCAGAUAUAUGUUGGUGUGCACAAAAAGAGCCAGUGCGGUAUAGCCUAUGGUAUGUUUGUAUGAGCCUUUUGAAUCCAGGUUCAAAUCGCCACUCAGAUAUGAAGUUCAUUGGGUCCUUGAGCAGUCCUAACAUGCAGGUGCUUUGCUGGGAAAUGCUGAAAUGGGAACACCCUGGACAAAAGGUAGAUAGAUUAUAAUAAAGUAUAACUACUGAUAUCCUGUGUACAUUAGACAGAGAAGGUCUAUUCUGAUGCCUCAUUUAUUAUUCCACAAUGUCAAAUUACAAUGUUGGGUAGAACUGUAUCCAUAGUGGAUGAAAUGCCUCUCAGGUAUUUUGUGUCGCCGCCCAUUGUCUUUAGCUGUUCUGUGUAUAUUUCAAAUCAGCUCUUUCCUCAGUGGUGUCAUAUACCAUUACGGUCUGGUGUCCAUGUAACAGUGCAGACCUUCAUUGCACCUCUGGGUCACCUCGCAACCACAAGAACGGUGUAACAGCAGUCAUAGUGACCCUUCCCAAACACUCCUUGACGAGUGCAAGAGCUCAUAGUAUUGAGCUAUUAAAGAGCUAGGUGUUUUAUUAGUAUUCAUGUGCUUUCUGAUGGCUUUCCCACAACAGAUAGCGAGCACCAGUUCUGUGGAAUCCAUGCCAGGAACAGAUGGUAGCAGCACAUCUGGAGGGGUAAGCGAUUGUGAGGAGGAUGCCUCAUUAAAUCAAAUGUUCAAAUGUUUUGUUUUAAUGAGAGGGGAGAGAGGGGGAGAGCAGGCCCGUUCCAGACAUGGUCAUGCAUUAGCCUAUAUUCUCUAUUCAAAUUUUAUUUACUUGAACUGUGCCUUUUCACUAUUAGUGAAAAUUACUCCUGACCUUUUCUAAUGUAAAUCUUUCAACACUUACCUCACUUCUGAAGUCCAUAUGCAGACUGAAUUAGCUUCCUUUGAAUACUGUUGGAAAAGAAAUCAUUGUCUUCUAUUUACAAGCGAGUAGGACUCCUGAAGCCAGUACAAAAUAAGCCAUUGUUACUUGACAUAUAUGUUUACUUAAGUCUGAGGUGAAGACUAGAAAGAUAAGCUCGUCCGUUCUGUGUUUCACUAGAAGUCUUUGAAUUAUCAGCAGAAACGCUUUACUUUCGGCAGCUGGGAAAGGCACAGUAAUUUCCCUCCUAAUGAUGGUUUUCAAUGUAAGCACUGCAAAUCGUGGCUCACAUCCAUAAUAUGCCACAGAUGUCUUUUAUUAGGAAACUAGAGUCUUAGGUCUGGUUCGGAUGUUCACCAGUUAAGGUAUCAGAUGGUGCUUCUUACAUGAAAAGCUGCCGCUCUAGGCUAAACUGCUUUAAUUCAGCGUGCUGUACUUGGCAUUCUUUAUAAUUAGGGCUUUCACCUGAUGAAAGAAAUUGUAGCCAAUUAAUCAGAUGAGUUUCAGUCUAGUAAGAUUGGUUGAUUACAUCUGUGUAAAUUUGCAUAUGAAUAGUAAUGCUGGGGGGGGGACGACAUACAGUGGUACCUCAGGUUAAGUACUUAAUUCGUUCUGGAGGUCCGUUCUUAACCUGAAACUGUUCUUAACCUGAAGCACCACUUUAGCUAAUGGGGCCUCCUGCUGCUGCCACGCUGCUGGAGCACGAUUUCUGUUCUCAUCCUGAAGCAAAGUUCUUAACCUGAAGCACUAUUUCUGGGUUAGCGGAGUCUGUAACCUGAAGCGUAUGUAACCCAAGGUACCACUGUAUCCCUCUUGUUCUUCCGAUGUCACACUCAUAUGUCCCAGCAGGCAUCAUCUUAGAAAAGGCAUCCUUUGAGAGAGAGCAGGAGGUGGAGACCCCUUUCUGAGAUAGUGCCUGUCACCUACAGUUUUUUGAAACACUUGCAUUUAAACCACUUUCCAUUUUAAAAAUCUGCUGCCUGCUUAAAUGAAGGGCACAUUUUUUGUCACUCAAACGGUAAUUAGGUAUAUUCACUGAUUAAGUAUUGCAGCCCUUCUUACAGUUUCAGUCACACCAUAGUAUUCUCAAGCUCAAAAUGUCUUGUUGUAAACAAGCGUGCACUCCGGGGAUUCAUUCAGGCCAUUUGACUAAGUUAAGCCCACUAAUUUCAGUGGUCUACCCUGAGUGAAACUGAGUUAAAUACCACCCAUAAUAAAGUGUGUGGGUUAUCUGCAAUGUGUGCUGCCAGAAUGAUUUCCUAUGAGAUUUUGAAGAAAGAGAUCUUGUGGCUGAAAUUGGGGGGGGGGGUCCCCUGCCAGAGUCCACAAGACCAUUAUGCUAUGUAACUCAAUGGAAGGGGUAGUCAUUGUGGGUACCCUCCAGAACUCUGUCUCCUAUUAUCCUCAGUCAGCAUGGCUAAUGGGAGUUGUAGUCUAGCAACACCUGGAGACAUAGUCCCCGGCCCUUCAGUAAACCCAACAUGCUAGAAAAUCUGCACUUGCUGUCCAUCUACUACCAAACCAGGUUCUAGAUCCUUGCAUUACUUAACAGAGCCCUGAAAAACCUGGGUCCUGGAUUGCCUAAACCCUUAUAACCUAACUCAGUCAUUGAGAUCAUCUGUAGAAGCAUCAUUGGUCGUUCCCCCAAGUUGGGGCGGUGAUCAUCUGACAACAAGAAACCGAGCCUUUAGUAUUGUUGAUCCAGUCCUGUGAAAUGCUCUGCUAAUAGAGCAUCAGCAGGUGCCUUCUGUUUCAACCUUUAAACACCUGCUUAGAACUUCUCUAUGCUACCCAUAUAUAUAAAAAAAUUGGGCUGGGAAACAGCAUAUUCUGUUUGCCAUCCAGCAAUUUGAGAUGCUGCGCAACUGCCUGGCAUUUUCAUAAAAGGCUUGGAGUACAACUGUAGGGAUACGGCAACUUAAUUUCUUGGUUGGGAUUUGUUACAACUGCUCUAAAUAGUCACAGCAAUCCCAGCAGCUCUUGAAUGGCAGCUGGUGGCGAUGGUAAAUCGCUGUUACAUCUGAUGUUUGCCAGGGCUUGGCUGCUUGCUCUGGUAUGGGAGAGGAGGAAAUGCAUAAAUGCCAUGGGGAGCUUUUUGCCGUAGGGAAUUCUUUGGAUCUUGCUGUGAACAGUGGUUAUGGUUACUUUUUAUAUUAAUGUACAAUAGUAUUAUAAGCGUCUAUUAGGUUUUUUGAACUAUAAAAAACAUUAAAGAAGAUAGCAGCUUUAUAUAUUUUGCAUUAUGACAUUUCUGUACUUAAUCUCAAUUGUGUUACCUAUUUAAAUCGUUGUUGUUGUUGUUUUAAAAAAUAAAUCUGUGUAUUUUGCUUACAGUAGACAUGCUACUUUUUAAUAAAAAGCCAAAUGGCUUCUCUGUUUAAUAGGAAUGCCACUUCAAGCUCGCACUAAAAGUUGAAAUCAAGGUUCAUAUUUAUACAUUUGUGUGUGAAUCUUUCUCCUAGCGUUUGAAAAGCACCUGUCAACGGCUAGCUGGAUUGUGCCAUCCAAGAGCUCCUGUGUUAAGCACAGCCUCUUUUCUCUCUCUUUAAGUCUUUAUACAGCUGAACCACUUGGUGGUGGUGAUAGGCAGCAAACUAGAAGCUGCCUUCUUUAUUCUGUCCAGCUUCCUAAAGGAAUGCUUAAGACAUUGCGAUAUGGCCAGUAUUAAUUAAGAAAGCUAUAUCAGAUAGUUAAAAUUGUGGGGUACGGUAUUCAAAUGAUGUAAAAUACAUUAGUAAAUACUGCAUAGUGGUUUUGCAUCCCAAAUACACAGAAGUUUCUGUUGCUUUUUUUUUAUUUGCUGGUUGGUAUUCCUUUCAGAAUUCUCAUUGAGGAAUGACCAUGUCUUCACUGCCAUUUUUAUAUAGGUUGUGUUAUUUACAUCAUACAGUCACUCUCUAAAAUAUAAAUGGAAGUAAACUGCAAAGCAUGUAGCAUUACACGGAGUUGAGUAACUGAGCAUUCCGUCAGUUUCACGCCCAUUAUUGUAAAAUCGUGCCUGUUUGCCUGUUGAAUGAGUUUCCAUGCCGGCAUGUAAAUGCUGAAAGCAGAACACUAGGGAUUCUGCUGUGCUGGAAAGGGGUCUAUGGAACUCGCUCCCCCAGAAGGCCGUGAUGCUCACCAGCUUGGAGACUCAGACGAAUCCAUGGAGGAGAGGGAUAUUGAUGGCUACGCUCUGCUGUUGCAGUUGGAGGCAGCAAUGCUUCUGAAUACCUGUUGCUGGAAAUCACAGGAGGAGAGAGGGCUCUUGUGCUCGGGUCCUGCUUGCUGGUUUCCCACAGGCACCUGUGGGAAAUAAAUUAUUAUUCUUUAGGGAAGUUUUUAAUGUGUGACAUUUUAAUGUAUUUUUAAAUCUUUGUUGGGAGCCGCCCAGAGUGGCUGGGGAAACCCAGCCAGAUGGGUGGGGUACAAAUAAUAAUAAAUUGUUGUUGUUGUUAUCGUUAUCUGGUUGGCCACUGUGGGUACUGGAUGCAGGACCACAGGGGCCAUUGACCUGAUCAAGCAGGCUAUUCUUAUGUUGGAGAACCCCCUAUUCUUGUAGAAAAGUAAUGGGGCUGUGGGAAUAAACUCUUAACCUACGCAGAACCCCAAAGUGCACUCAAUGCAGGUUGCACAUGUACAGUGCUACCUCAGGUUACAUACACUUCAGGUUACAUACGCUUCAGGUUACAGACUCCGCUAACCCAGAAAUAGUGCUUCAGGUUAAGAACUUUGCUUCAGAUGAGAACAGAAAUCUUGCUGCGGCGGCACGGCGGCAGCAGAAGGCCCCAUUAGCUAAAGUGGUGCUUCAGGUUAAGAACAGUUUCAGGUUAAGAAAGGACCUCCGGAACGAAUUAAGUACUUAACCCGAGGUACCACUGUACCAUUUCCUAAAGGCACCAGUGCACAUCCACAAGGCAGGAGGAUUCAGGGGAGGCAAUAAUCAUAUCCCAAGAGUUCCAAGGCACUGGGAUCGAUAACCCUUGCAUCCUUUAUUUUUCCACUUCCCUGAAGUUACCAUGCAACAAGACUCUUUUUGGUGAUGGAUGGGAAGUGCUCCACCACCACCACUGAAAUAUCCUGGGGGGAGCUGAAUUGGGUUCUGACGACAUUGCCCAAUUCCUUUCUGUCGGAUCCUUUUGGUGGUUCAGGAGGGCUGAGACCCGUUCACUGCAUACAGGGUUGUUGGGGAAUGUAGGAGCUAGCAAGGCAUUUCUUUCGCUCAGUGUUAUUUGCAGGGCUCACUAAUAGAUGUUAAAAGGGACGCGGGUGGCACUGUGGGUUAAACCACAGAGCCUAGGGCUUGCCGAUCAGAAGGUCAGCGGUUCGAAUCCCCGCAACGGGGUGAGCUCCCGUUGCUCAGUCCCUGCUCCUGCCAACCUAGCAGUUCGAAAGCACGUCAAAGUGCAAGUAGAUAAAUAGGUACCACUCUGGCGGGAAGGUAAAGAGCAUUUCCGUGCUCUGCUCUGGUUCGCCAGAAGGGGCUUAGUCAUGCUGGCCACAUGACCCAGAAGCUGUACGCCAGCUCCCUCGGCCAGUAAAGCGAGAUGAGCGCCGCAACCCCAGAGUCGUCUGCAACUGGGCCUAAUGGUCAGGGGUCCCUUUACCUAAUAGAUGUUGCACCUGAUAAAGUACAGCUUGGUGGAAAUCCCUAGCGCUAAGGCUGAGGCAAAUCACAGGCCGCAGUGACAGCAAAGGUGCAAAUUGGUGGUGGUGGUGUUGUAGUCUGAGCCGGUAUGAUCGGCAACACAAUGCUAGCUUGGUGUGGAAUGGCCCUUUAAUUUAUUUAUUUCAAAAGCUUUUGUGUACACCUGAAAUAAAUGUCUUCGGUAGCUAAUAUUCCGGACACUUGUAUUUGUUAGUUGCUAUAGUAAUUGAGAGCUUCUUUACAUACUGAAGCAGCCUCUGAGUGUGUGGUUUGUAAUGUGAGCAGAAAAGGCAGCGCGUGGAAGACUGUUAGCAAACCUAUAACGCACUCCAUAAAGUUUAAUUACAGGCCAUACCUCUACCUUUAAAAAACGAUCUUUGUGCUCUUUGGGGCAAGAAAUGAAUGCUAAUAUAAAUUAAACAACUUCUCUGAAAUGAACCAUAUGCUUGGUCCUGAACUGGGUAGUAUUGCAGUUGCUGCUUUGCUUAUAGCGAUGGGAUUGAAUGAUUAAAAUCUUUACUGCUCAUGCAUACGUACUUGGCAGACUAAGGUUCUUGGCUGCACAUGCAGCCUAGCUGUUUCCACUUUGCUCCUUCCCAGUGAGAGCAGGUAAACAAACCAGGAAAGAAGGAAUUCCUGAAUGUUAUGUCCAAAUGCAGGAUCGUAAUUGGUUUCAUCCUUACAGAUUAUGAUUUAUAGCCAUUCUGAAACCAUGACCAGUUGUUGGCUUUCCAAUACAGUGGUACCUCGAGUUACAUACACUUCAGGUUAUAUACGCUUCAGGUUACAGACUCCGCUAACCCAGAAAUAGUACCUCGGGUUAAGAACUUUGCUUCAGGAUGAGAACAGAAAUCGUGUUCCGGUGGCAAGGCAGCAGCAGGAGGCCCCAUUAGCUAAAGUGGUGCUUCAGGUUAAGUACAGUUUCAGGUUCAGUACGGACCUCCGGAACAAAUUAAGUACUUAACCCAAGGUACCACUGUAUGCUUGAAGUUCUCCUGAUGUCUGCCUGUAACUGCCUGGGAAGGCCUGCAUUCUUCCUUUUGAGUAGUUGUCUCAAAUUCUUCAGACAAAGAAGUCUCGCUCAAAAUAUACAUCCUUGCAGGUAGUUUGCUUGCAUGUUGCUUGCACAGCAGGAAAUACUUUCUGAGGGAGAAGGCAGCUCACAUAUCAGGAAGGGUAAAGAGACCUUGAGCAUGCAAAUAAUAGACUUCUUAGAAAAUCUAUAAUUCUUAACUAAACAGUGCUAGUUCAACCCUUGUUAGAGGCUUUUAAAAUAGCUGGUCUAGCCAUCAUUCCAAAUGUCUAGAGCUGUUUGGCUGUGAAAGUUGGCCCGUAACAACUGGCAAAAUUUGAGUUAAGGUAUAUCUGGCACUCUAAAUGCUAACCACGUGUGUUAAAAUCACAACAUUAUACAUACCAAACUUUAAAAUAAUAAUGAUAAUACAUUUGUGGGGCUCAAGCUGCCCUUCACUGGUUCAAAGUCACAUUGUUUAACAUUAAAAUUUUAUUUUUUCAUCCCAGCCUGAGUGUUGCAGAAAAUCCUCCAAAUCAAAGAGAGAAAAGGAGAAGCAAGCUUGCAAAAGCUGCAGUGAAAGCUUCAACUCCAUUACAAAAAGACGUCACCAUUGCAAGCAAUGUGGGGCAGUGAGUAUUGGAGUGAAAAUUACUGUUUAUAUGUAUGUGCAUUGUUACUCAUUUGGAACAAGCUGGUUUUUCUUUAUAAAAUUCUGCAAAAAAAGAAAAUAAUAAUAAUAUCAUCUUCUCAAGUAUUAUACUGUCCUUCAGUUCCCAAGACUGUCUGCAUAAGUAGACUGAUUUACCCCUUUCCACGUUUUUAUCUUCUGGUGUGCCAUGCUCCUUAACAAUGGGAAAAUCAGGAUCAAAAAGUAUUUGGAUAGAGCUCUUAGGACAAAUUUCAUACCAUUUCUAAAUAAGAAAAAAGUUUUUUUCUUUUUAAACACAGAUACUUCGAAUUAAAUUCUAUUGAAAUCCAGUGAAACUUUAAUCCAAGGUUUAUUGAUUUCAUUGGAAAAGAUUAGCAGAGACUAAUUCAGGGGCAAUGGUGAUGGAAGGGAAAGAGUCAUAGAGUCCGUGGAUCUCAUGAGACUUAUGUGCCAUCUCUUUAGGAAGAGUACUCUAGAGAAUAUUGCUAGGAAACUGAUCUUACUAAAUAGGAAACCCCCAACAUGUUGAGUUAACUGGUGGCCAAAAUUGUGGAAACCUUUUGGGAAAAGUGUAUUUCCGAGGUUUGAUGGCUCAUAACACCUGAUUGGCUCUCUAAACACUCAUGGCUACAUUCAAAUGAAGGAAAACUACUACAUGUCAACCUAAGCCAGUUGUGCUUCGUUUUUCUGGUUAUUUGGCUAUAGCUUUUGAUAGAAUACAGAUAAUUGAACAAACUUUGUUGCAUUACAUUCUUCAUUAAAUUAUCUUGCCACUGAUAUAUAAUUUUAUGGUAUUGCUCCCCAAAAAAGUGGUGUUAUGAGCCAUCAAACCUCAGAAAUACACUUUUUCCAAAAGACCAUGCCACUAGUGUACAUUGCAUGGUCUUCCUCCCAGAUAUAAGCCAGCUAAAUGCGUUUCUAAUUACCAACAACUGCAGCUAAAAGAUGGUAGAUUUGCCUUUCUCUUUUGUUAAUCAAAACUCACUGAGGCAAUUUGUUAGCCUAUACCAAGGGCGAGGAGCCUAAUCUGUUUUUGGGCCUUGGAACUCUCCUAUGGCCAUUCCUCCUACACAGGCCACACCCCUCGUUGCUCACCCUGCUCACUUGGCCCCCUUGGAUGCUUUUCCCUGGCUGGACUGGGUCCCUAAACAGCAAUGAUGCCUCUUGCUUGUCUGGAUGGAGAGCAGAGAUGUGUAUGUGUAGAUAGAAACAUCUGAUAUCUGCAUGUAGCCAGCUGUACAAAGGCAGGAGUCACACCCAGUGCUCCACCUUUUCUCUCUCUGCCCCUGCCCAUCACUGACAUGGCUCCCAGAAUAUUCUCCACCCCUGGCAUAUUCCCCUCUAAUGAAUGACAUCCUGCAUUUUUCCCUGAAGAUUCUCCAGAAAAUUCACAAGGUCUGAUGAGGUUUGAUUUUCAAGCACAUAUAUAGGCUGAAUAUAUAGAGACUUUUAUGACCUGGGGAAGAAACCCCCUUAUUGCCAGUAUCCACAUAUAUAUUUUUUACAAGGUAAAGUGUUAUUCAGCUGAUAUGCCAGAUUCCUAUCCAAAAUCAUAUUUAGACUUGAUUUCAGCCUUUCGCCUUCACUCAUUUAAAAAUACUGUACUAACUUCAAUUCAUUCUAGACGUUCUGAUUGAUAAGAGAACAUGCUUUGGGAAAGUUUAGCUCCACCCUUGUUAUAGGAGUCAAAUAGGGUAUGAUGAGCUUUCACAAAUAAUAUACGUAUCACAUUUUUCAUGCAUUCUAUGCUUUAAAAUUAUUGAGGUAUAAUCUUGCCCUGCAUCCUGCAGCCAUAUGCUAGGUCAGUGCAUUAAUUGUAAUCUUCUGUUUUAUCAAGCAUUCUGUUUUGGAUCUAGCUGCAAGCCUGCUUUCCAGACAUGAAAGGCCAUUACCUAAAAAGAUGCUUUCAGUUAAUGCCUUACCAGUAUGAGAGUCAGUUAAGUGUGUCAAGACGUACUGUCUUGUGUAUUAUCAGUGCUCCAGUCACUCACGGUCCUGCACAAAAUAGACUGCUGUUACUGCAUCUAAAAUAGCAGUAUCAGAAUGGUUGGUACAACUGUCAUCGUGUCUCUACAGCAAUAAUAGUUCUAAAAAACCCACAACAGAAAUAUCUCUCUGGGGUGCUUCCUGUUCCUUGCUGCUGCUCCUGUUUCAAGUAAUGUUCGGAAGAAUCCUGUGAAAAAGCAGCUCGUUAUUCACCCAUCAAUUUGCUGGUGUAAAUUCUUAUGUCGAAGUACCUUCUCUCUCACGGUUUCCUGCAUUGUUGAAUUUUUGUUGCUUUGAAAAGAAUGAUUUGUUAAAUUGUUGCUCUGCUGUUUGGAAAAAUUUCCAACAAAUAAAUAUUGAUGCCCUUACUUGUUCAAGUUCAACGUGGCCAAAAUGAUUGAAGUGCUGAAUUUCCACCUCUUCCUUGCACGAUGCAGAACUUUAGCUGGUAUAAACAAGAUGUCAUGUUUAUGAAGCACCAAUUGGUAUGCUUUCAUUAAUGGGGUUCUUAUAAAUUUAUAUUUAGAUGGGCUUCUAGGAAACCUGAUAAAAUUUUAAUCCAGUGUAACUGAAAAUGCUUUUUAGAACACUGAACAGGAAGGCAAACCCGUAUAGGGUGGCCUUGUUACCCCCCCCCCCCAUUGUAGGUAGAGUUUUAACAAAUAGCAUGGAAUAGCAAAAUCAUUCUCUAGUGCCAAGCAGGUGGGAAGUAAUCAUAACUUGGACAUAAUACCUGAAAUUCCUGUGUUAUUAUCACUCAAGAUCAUUCCUUUUGGGAACAGGAACCAAAGUGGUUCUAAUUAUAAAUCAGUUGGUUUUUUUUUGUUUCCGAUAAUGACUUAAGAAUAAAGUCCUGUGCUUUUUCAUCCAGGUUAUCUGUGCAAAAUGCUCUGAAUUUAAAACACUUGCUGACAACAGCCGCCACAACCGAGUGUGUAAAGAAUGUUUUCAACUGCCGUCAGCAACUCUGUGUGUCUUGGGCAAUGAAGGUGCAGGAGAACAAAAGAAAAAAAUGGCAACGGAGGUAUCUUUUGUCAUAUUAACACCUAAAACGACUAGUUACUCAGCAGAAGCAUACUUUUCAUUGUUAAAAUCAUUUCAUGGUCUUGCCUCACAAUACUUAAACAUUCAGAAAUCCAUCAUUUAUUACAUAGACCUACUAGAGGGCCAGUUUCAUGGUUGCUGCUGCAUUAUGUCUUUUCAGUCCUUUCAAUUUUAUUUUAUAUGCACCUUUUUCUCUCCCUGCACAGAAGCCACCCCCAUGCACAUAAUUUUCAGCCAUUGGUGCUUUCAGCAUGAACAGGGGGGUUGCACAUUAUGGAAUGAAGCCCAAUUCUCAGGAGCAGAGCUGUAGAUGUAUAAUGAAAUUGUUUUAUGUUAGAGCAAUUACGUACUGACACUUGUACAUUAGAGAAUUCUGCCUUCUGAAAUCUUCAUUUCCUUUAAAAUGUGGAUUGUGUGGAUAUCUGAUAGUAACAAAAAAAAAGGCAAUAGCAGCUGCUAUAUUGAGAAUUGGUUUGGCACAGCAGACGAAGUGUUGCGUUAGGAUGUGGAACUUGAAGAUUUAGAUCCAAGCUAAGCAGUUAAACCAGUGCCAAGGCUUGUUCUGUGUGUGGCGGUUGCCCUUUCACUUUUAGCUGUAUGGCCAUACACAGGGAGGGAUGUGUGUCAGCAUGCAUCAAGGAUAAGGACUGUAAACGCUAAGCAUGCAAGUCAUUGAUAAUAUAAAGUUGUGCGGCAAAAGUUUAGAAUAAAUUAUCAGUGCAAGGAGGUACACAAGGUUUUAAUAGAUGCAUGGAACGUAAACCUGAUGAGUGCACCAGCUACACUGAUUAUAUAAUUUGUAGUGCUUCUUCUUCUUCUCCCUCCAGAAUUAAAGCUGUGGCUGUCUAUUAGGUUUUUUCUGUUCUGUUGUUCUGUUCUAUUGUAGUUCUUUUAUAUACUGUGGAGUCCCUGAGAUGGUUGGCUGGCACGUUGUAUGCCUCCUUCCAGCAACUCCUGCGGCUAAGCUGGUGCCAAAAAUAUUGCUCUGUUUUACUUUGGACCACAUCAGCAAGGCUGAGAGAGGGGGCUUGUCGUCUGGGCAGCUCAGGACUUCCAUACACACUGCCCAGGCUUGCACCCAGUGGGAGGGGCUCACUUCAGUGCUGCUAACACAGGUGCUUGACUUCACCCCAGAGGUGCCUUGUGUUCUCUAACCAUCAUCAUCAUCAUCAUCAUCAUCAUAAUUUAUUAUUUAUACCCAGCCAUCUGGCUGGGUUUCCCCAGCCACUCUGCGUGGCUUCCAACAAAACAUUAAAAUACAGUAGUCCAUCAAACAUUAAAAGCUUCCCUAAACAGGAAUCUGCCUUCAGAUGUCUUCUAAAAGUCUGGUAGUUGUCAUUCUCGGCAUUCCAAAUGGCGGACGCCACUACCGAGAAGGCCCUCUGCCUGGUUCCCUGUAACUUGGCUUCUCGCAGUGAGGGAACCGCCAGAAGGCCCUCGGCGCUGGACCUCAGUGUCCGGGUAGAACGAUGGGGGUGGAGACACUCCUUCAGGUAUACUGGACCGAGGCCAUUUAGGGCUAGGGCUUACCGAUCAGAAGGUCGGCAGUUCGAAUCCCUGCAACAGGGUGAGCGCCUGUCACUCAGUCCCUGCUCCUGCAAACCUAGCAGUUCGAAAGCAUGUCAAAGUGCAAAUUGAUAAAUAGGUACUGCUCUGGCAAGAAGGUAAACGGCAUUUCCGUGCGCUGCUCUGGUUCGCCAAAAGCGGCUUAGUCAUGCUGGUCACAUGACCCGGAAGCUGUACGCCGGCUCCCUCAGCCAGUAAAGCGGGAUGAGCACCGCAACCCCAGAGUCAUCUGCGACUGGACCUAACGGUCAUGGGUCCCUUUACCUUUUAACAACACUUUGAAUUGUGCCCAGAAAUGUACUGGGACCCAAUGUAGGUCUUUCAAGACCGGUGUUAUGUGGUCUCAGCGGCCGCUCCCAGUCACCAGUCUAGCUGCCGCAUUCUGGAUUAGUUGUAGUUUCUGGGUCACCUUCAAAGGUAGCCCCACAUAGAGCUCAUUGCAGUAGUCCAAGUGAGAGAUAACCUUAUAUUGACUACUACUGACUUAUAUUUGCCUCUCUCCAAACUCUGCUGUUAGGAAUCCCCAUCCAUAGCUUUCACUGCAGAUCAGACCUCCCUUUGCUUCUAUCAAAUGACUUAACCUGCCAUGGAGAAAGAAUAAAAGUCUUGGCAAUCCACCAGCCAAAAGCAACCUGGCAUGGAGGGAAGACCCACUGCCCCACCCUCCCAGCAGCAGCAUCACUUCUGCUUAUUGGAAUUGCCUGGGGGUUAGGGUUAGGGUACAGAGAAUAUAUGGACCCACCAAAUGGCUUGAAUUACCUUUCUUACUCUUCUACUUGGAAAUAUGCUCCUCGUAACACUAUAAGCAGUUCCUUGUACUGCAGACGAAAGCUGUUGCAGAGGAACUGUAAUGGGGGAAUCGUUGCCCCAAAUCCAAGUUUUUGGAUAAUCCUAAAAGCCAUGCAACUGCUUAAAAUACAGUACAGUGAAAUAUGACCUGCUCUCUCAAGUAGGGCAGCAUACUGUUCACAUUCAGGAGAAAGGAAGCUCAUCUCCUUAAUAGGGUUAGGCAUUUAGCUCUGUGCUAAGUCUUAGAGAUUCAGGUAAAACACACAAGGGAAUAGCACAGAAUGCAGCCUAAUCUGGGCUGCUGCCUUGUACUAUGAAGUAACGGAUGGACGUCUUUGGGUUACAUCCAAGGAAAUGCUCCUAGGAUUAGGGGUUCAAGUGUUUUCCCCGAAUUAAUAUUUCAUGAACUCAGUGGCUCUUCAAGGAUUUGCCUUUUUUCCUGAUCUAUUAGCAGAUGUGUAGUUUCUCUGGAGAUUUGUUAUACAAAACAUAAUAGGUACAGUGUUUCCAUCCCUAGAGGCUCUUCUGCUUUUUUGAUAUGUGGUUCUGGGCAAAUUAUUGAUUUAAUUCACCACCACCACCACCAUUUGCAUAUCACAGAAUAGGAUUUUCUUUUUUCUAAAGACUCCAGUGAAGUCAGUGGCAGGACACCAAACCCUCUUGCCAUUUGCAGUUUGCAGAACAUAACGUCGCUAUUAUUUCUGAUGGUUUUUCUUCAGAGGUAUUUUUCCAUCUCAAGUGUGCUCAUUCAGCCCACCCUUGUUUCCUGCCUGUUCACAUAACCAAUGCAAGGAUUUGUAGACUGUAAAUUUCACACAGGAGAUGCCACAGUUUAAGCUUUAAAAAAAAAAAGAAAGUACAUCUUACUAAGGGGAGCAGAGUAUAUCCAACUCCUCACAGUUCUGUUUGCAUGCCAAGGUGCAAAUUGAGAGUUGUCAGCACCUGACACUCAGGCAAAUGCUGCUAUUAGGUGAUGCAGUCUCACAAAGACCAUCCCUGUGCAAGACCUAUUGAAACGAAGUUGUGUCCUUGCAUUUUGUCAUGAUGGUCUCAUACACACACACACACACACACACACACACACACACACAAAUUAAUUAAUUAAUUAAAUUUUCUGUUUUACAGUUUAGAAUGUUCAUUUAAACAACCUUAAAAUAACAAAACUUCCCUUCUUCUCUUUCCAUGGUUCAUUUUGCAUAACAUAAAUCUCUGCAUAUUAACUAAACCAUUCAGUAUUCCAUUAUUAAAGGUAAAGGACACCUGACAGUUAAGUCCAGUCGCGAACAACUCUGGGAUUGCGGCGCUCAUCUCGCUUUACUGGCCGAGGGAGCCGACGUUUGUCCACAGACUGUUUUUCCAGGUCAUGUGGUCAGCAUGACUCAGCCGCUUCUGGCAAACCAGAGAAGCGCACAGAAACACCAUUUACCUUCCCGCCGGAGCGGUACCUAUUCAUCUACUUUUUCCAAAAUGUUUUUCCAAAACAUUUUCCCAAAAAACCCAGAGUCCUUUCUGUUGGGGAUAAUUCAGACUGAAAUUCCCAUGUGUCAAAAAAAGGUUAUUUAUGCAGGCCGUGUUUUGUUAGGCCCAAAAUGGCAAACAAGCGAGGUCCCAACUAAAGAAGAAUGGGAACUUAAACUAAUGGAAUAUGCGCAGCUUGCGGACCUAAUAUACAGAAUAAGAGAACAAGAAUAAAAUACGUUUAAAGAAGAUUGGAAAAUGUUUAUUGAAUAUAUUGGAGGAAAUUGUGUACACUUGAAAACCCUGGCAGCAUUAAGAUAAAUUCAACAGUGUAAAUAAGUUUUGAUGGAAUCAGGAUGCGGGUGGCGCUGUGGUCUAAACCACUGAGCCUAGGGCUUGCCGAUCAGAAGGUCGGCAGUUCGAAUCCUCGAGAUAGGGUGAGCUUGGUCCCUCCUCCUGCCAACCUAGCAGUUCGAAAGCACGUCAAAGUUCAAGUAGAUGAAUAGGUACCGCUCCGGCACCUAUUUUUUGACACAUGGGAAUUUCAGUCUGAAUUAUCCCCAACAGAAAGGACUCUGGGUUUUUUUGGAAAAUGUUUUUAAACAUUUUUUUCUCAAUUCAUUAUAAAUUAUUUCCCAAUACUGUUUUACCCUUUUACACGACCAUGGUCUUAACAAUACUAGGUUUUGUUUGCUCACAAAUUAAUGAAAGUCAUAUAUUAUGGAGAGAGGAGACGUAUGGAAAUCCCAGCAUUACAGACUUCAAAGAUGUCUGGCAUCUCUGAAACAGCAGGGUUAUGCUCUUCCUAGCAGCAAUCCUAUGAAUACUUGCCUGGAAGGAAGUCCCACUGAACACUAUGAGUCUUACUUCUUAAUAAAUAUACAUUGGAUUUAGCUGUUCUCACAGAUUUGGAGUGGAUUUUUAAAAAAAAAAAUCCCCUCCCUAAAUAAUAAUUUUAAAACCCUGGAGAUUUUAUUUAUCCUUGCAGCAGCACUGCGCUGUGACUCUAUUCACUUGUGCUGAAGCAGCUUCCUAAUUAAUUUUCAUUCUCCUUCCAACCUACUUUACGUAUGAAAGUAGCUGUAUCAUCUUAAUUGCUGUUCUCAACUUUGACUGUGGAGGUGGGGUUUUCAGCUUAACGUUCUCUAAAAACAGUUCAGCACCUACGUGCGAGUCUUUUAAUCCUGGUUAUAUGUAAUGAUGAUUAAACCUCUGUAUGCUUAAGGAUUAAUACCUUGGUAAUCACACUUCUGCUCCCAUGGACCAUUCAUGAACAAAUAUUUGAACAUAAACCAAUAAACCAUCAAGGUGCAUAAUAAAUUGUAAAUGCCUUCAGCACAAGUGCAUGAAUAAACACUGCUUGGUUUAUUUGUUAUAUAUAGAAGCAAAGCGUUUUGGGAGCAGAAAGCAGCCUUUUCAGCAGUCACCUCCUGUUCCAAGAAAAAGGAAAGACUUGGUGUAAAGUUUGGGUCACCAUCCCUAAGGCUGAACCUCUCGUCUUAUAUCUACAAGGAGGCAGUCAGGUAAAAAGCAGAGCAUCUUACAUAGCUGUUAAAAAUAUAUAUUAAACAAGUCAUACUGAGAAAUGGUCUGGAACAGUUAUUCCUAAGCUAUGUGCCAGGGCUUGUGAGCAUGCUGUGUGAGAACCGUACAGGUUCAGGAAACUAAUGGAUUAAUUUGUAGGUUUUUGUGCAUCCACUGUACAUCCCACUGAGGCUGCCUGCCACGGCUGAUCCAGUACUCUGCCCUUUUCCUUUCUUCAGUCAGCUUCCUCUGGGGAGAAUUAGCUGCCCUCUAGGGAGGCAGCUCAUUGCACCUUUUACUGUAAGUGCAGAUAACUCUUACACUUCUUCAGCAGAGCAAGUACCCCCAAUUUUAAUUUGCAGGGGAAAGUGUGCUCUGAGAUCAAAUGAUUUGGCUAGAAGGAUUUAGCUUCCUUUCAACAACCGAAUGUCUUGCAGGCAUUCAGAGAAAGCAUUCUCGUCUUUUGAAAAUGAUAAAUGAACUUCUUGCUUUCAUCAAAAAGGUGUACAACUAUGAUAAUUAUUUAUCCCGCCCCCACCCCCGUUUUUAAGAGAUGCAUUUCCCCCCACCAAAAAAUGAAGAUCUCAAAGGGUUUAUUGAGCUUUGAAAAGCAUUCAUCCUCCCCAAAGAUAAAAAUCACAAGGCAGAGGCAGUAAGACUGCAUGCCUUUAAAUCUUCAUUUGAUUUAUGAAGCUCAGCGUUCUGACAGUAGUAGAUCUGUGCACUUGCAGAAGUGCUGAGAAUGUGUUUUGAUAAUGCAUGAAACAAGUAGAUUUCCUCAGCUCGGGCAUACUUACAACUAAAUCAAAUUCACCAGAUACAUACAGGAUUAAUACAGUAAUAGAAGCAAUCUUCAGAUCUCUCCCUGGCGUUUAUACUGGGAUGAUAAAGAGGAGCAAUAUGUUGACUGACAGAAUAUGUAGAAAAAUUGCUUUCCUAUCCCAAUUGGGUUGAAAAUCACUAUGUGUGCAGUGUCAACAUAUGCACAUCAACAGUAGCCCCAGGAGCCAGUGAGAGCGAAUAGUAGUAAUUUGCGAAUAUUGUUAUGAAAAAAAGAAUCAGAGUGGAUGCCUUAAAAAGCCCAGCAGCUUGGUGCAUCUCUGUGCACGAAUGCUCCCUGGGGCAAAGUGGUGGUGGUUCUUCUCCAGUUAUCAUUCCUGCAUUCCCACAUGGAUUUGUGAGGCAACUGCAGGGCACGUCAGCUAAUCCAGUCUUAACAGUAGCUGCUCUUGUAAUAAAGUGAAGAGAAUGUUGCUUUCUUUGAAAUAUGCCUCUUUGCAGAAUGCUGGUGGAAUGUGCGCGUAGAAUCACUAGAGAGGUUGUUAUUGAGAGAAGGCAAUCUGGGCCUCAUAACUCUUGAAUCCAAACUUUGUAACAUUUGUUGUGGUUUUCUUUUAAAAACCCCUCAAGGCAAAACAAAUACACGAGUCAACUAUUUUUGUGUUUGUUUAGUUCUGUUAAAAAACAAAAUGAAAACCAUGAACUAGAUUCUAGAUUCUCCCCCCCCCCUUUUCUAAAAACCCAAGGCAGUUUACAAGUUAAUACUGUUCAAGACCAAGGAGUGCAAAGAGGCCACUGCAUAGUGAAGUCUAUAGAGACCACUUGCCACCACAACUGUAGGUGGUUCAGUGAUUAGGGGCAGGCAAGGCAUCAUUCUGAAUGCAGACUGCGAUGAUCUGUGGAAUUUCACAAGGAAAAAUCACUGAUGUCUGAGAACAUGGGGAGGGAGGCAUCCCCUCAGGGCAGCUCUUCAACAUCCCAGGAGGUUUCUGCAAAGAGGAAGAUUCCUCACAGCUGUUCUUGAUACAGUUUGGGGAGAGUCUCUUCCUUGACCUCUGUGUCACUAGCAUUCCAGGGCUUUUUGGUUUCAGAACCAUCCCACCCUGGUCUACAACACAAUAAUUCAGUCGUCAUGAUAAGAUGACCCUCACUAAUAAUUUCUUUAAAAUACAUCCUGAUAAAUGCAUGUGUUUUAUACAAUGUUUUAUCUUCAAGUACUACUCAUUCCUAGAAAAAUUGGGAAAUAAUGGCUAUCCUCUUGAAUUUUUUUCACCAGUUUACCUGUCACCUGCUUUCUUUUUAUUUCCAGCCAGUUUUUGGUUUUGACUCCUGCUUUUCUUUUGUGUGUGUUUAGGAUGGACGGAUUCCACGAAGCAUACCCCUACCAGGAUAUGAAGUUGAAUUUCCGCAUUCUGGUGAGAAGUUUGACUCAAAACAUGUUUUCAAACUCUGCCAGUCCCAACAGACUAUGUAUUUCAGUGCAGACGAUGAAGAGUUGCAAAUAAAAUGGAUGGAUAUUCUCACCAAAGCAGCUAAAGGGGAGAUUUAUGAUCCAAGUGAAGGAGCCAGUGAGCCCUAAAGCCUUUUUCUGUGGUCCAAGAUAUAUUUCGGGAGCAGGGGGCUGAACUCAAUAAUCAUGGCACUUUCAAAAUCUGUAUGGUUUUCCUCCCACCCCCUCUUAUUAUUGUACAUUCAUUACAUACAGUACCGAUUGUCUGGCAUAUAUGUUAGAUGGGAAAAGUAAGUGUAGUAAUUAAUGGUGUUCUUGUUGACAUUGAUGGAAAAGAAAAGGAGCAAGCAUUAAUUUUAUUGAAAGUAACUGCGAAAAAAAAUCAUAAUUCAAGUUAGCCAUCUUCAAACACCUAAAGGGCUGUCACAUGGAAGAUGGAGCAAGCUUGUUUUCUCCUGCUCUGGAAGGUAGGACCCGAACCAAUGGCUUCAAGUUACAAGAAAGGAGAUUCCGUCUAAACAUCAGGAAGAACUUUCUGACAGCAAGAGCUGUUUGACAGUGAAGCAGACUCCCACGAGACGUGGUGGACUCUCCUUCCUUGGAGGUUUUUAAGCAGAGGUUGAUGUAUGAUCUCGUUGUGAUUCCUGCAUUCCAGGGGGUUGGACUAGAUGACGCUUGGGAUCCCUUCCAGCUCUACAGUUCUUUGAUUCUCUUACUCCACUCCCUCACCCUGUAUUUUUGUUCCUUUCAAUUGCUGUUUGAGUGAAGGAUAUGUAUAGUUCGUGUGUUACAAAAGUGCUGCCUUUAAGUUAAAUGUUGUACAAGGCUUGUGGCUGGCCACUGACAUGCUGUUUUCUGUCUUCUGUUUUGGGAUUUUUUUAAAAAAAAUAAUGGUCUCCUCUGUGCUGUAAGAACAACGUGAUGGAUCUGUUUCUUUUGGUAACUCUGUCCUUUCUUACAAUGACUUUUUUCACUAGACAGAUACUGUAGAAUACGUUUGUAGAGUUUUCUGAAAGGCAUUGUGGAAGACACCUUGAAAUCUCAAAUAUCAAGUAUUCCUAUAUAUAUAUAUAUAAAAAUAUAAAUAUUUUUGUUUUUGUUUUUUACUUUUACCCACACUUUUCUUAUUUCUUUAUACAACCUCCUUUUUAAUGUAUGCAAUCAAAUGUUUUACACUGCAAACUGGGAUGUUCCCAAUAAAUGGACAGUUUUAGUACACCCAGUAAAGGUGACCUUUUUUAGGACGAUUAACUUUUUUGAGUAAUCAAGGAUUUAUUUAUAUAAUUUGUAAAUACCACAUGUUAAGCUUCUUCUCUUCUUUUUUUUACAAAAGUGAUCUAACUGAAACUUAGUCUGUCAGUUAAGACACUUGUAUAAAUUGAAUUUGUAAUUUGUUUCCUGUGUACUUUUGUUUGCAAAAAUAUUUAUGUAUGC